AUGUGCGCACUGAGAUGCCUGCAGAGCAUGCCCAGUGUCAGAUGUCUCCAGGUGCCUUUCUUCUUUCUUGUUGUAAAUGUGUUAUGCUUAUGCUGUGGUCAUUGUUAAAAUCUCGCUGGGUUCAAUUUAAAUAUUAUAGCCUUCUGAAUGUUUUCUGUAUGAUCCUCUUCAGUUUUUGUAGGAGCCCUCCUUAAGAGGGCUCUGCAUGAUAAAACUCCUAAUUUGAAAGUAGUACGCAUUUUGCUCUGCCUGUUGCCUCCAGUUGCGAUGCAAAUAAGGCUUGCAUGCUGCCUGUUUUUGUUUGUGAGUUUCCACAGUAAAAUCAUUGGAAUAAAUGAUGAUGGGUGGUGUGAAAAUACAAAAUAAACAAAUAAAUCCGCCAAACAAAUACAUUGAUACAUCAGUUUAAUUCCUUUCUCGACUACAUUGAAUCCUCCAUGUAUACAGCAAAUGUUCCUGAGAAAGUUUUUGUAAUGUUCAGAGAGAAGAGAUUUUUAGAUGGAAGAAAUCAGGGGCUCUCUUGUGCCAGUGUUAAAAUUCUUACAAUAGUGCUAGCAUGGAACCCAGUUAAAUGGCUUGAGUUUCUUUCAAAUGAAUGAAUUUAUUUCUUUUUAAUUGUGGAGCUUGAGAACAUGGCAAUGGAUCACUAGCAAUGAUUUCACAAUGGUACAUUUAGUUUUGUAUAGGUAUUGCUAAGUAAUAGCAUAUGGUAGUGGCGUUUCUUAAUUUUUGAGGGCUUCGUUUGUGGACAUAGCUGAACUAAGUAUGGCAAAUGAUUAGUAAUUUCUUUGGGCCACUGGGAUCAUUUUAAAUUGUCUCUAGUGGCCAAACUCAGUGGCUUACCCACCAGUACUUUUGUGCACUUCUCGCUUUCUGGGAUUUCACUGUGUGGGCUUAAUUGGUCUUUCCCAAGUAUGAGAAAUAACUUUCACAUAAGUUAGGCCACAGGCCAUGCAGCAGGUGGAUGGGACUUAUAUUUGUGCUUUGAGAUUUGAGGCAGCCCUGUUCUUUCUCACUGUCUCUCCCGCCCCAACCCCUGCACCUCAAAAUGCACAAGGAAAAUAACUAGUGUUUUUAGGGGGGGGGUUCUGUUGACCCUAAUAAAUCUCAUAAAUAUGAGUUGUCCCAAGUCUUCUGAAACAUGAAUCCUCUAUGCCCACAGAGAAUAGUGGAAUGUUGAUCAUAAUGUAAAUCUGUAAUUCUCUGUGUUGGAUGCAAAUUGUAUGUGACAUACUGGAUUUGACAAGGUGUCUGGGUAUGUUGUAUGGAGGCUUUCCUGGGAAUUUAAGGAUCCAGCCCUCCUUCUUCCAUGAGUCAUACAGUAUAGUGAGAUGAAGAAAUCAAAUAGGUUUCCAGUCUAAAUUGUUAACCAGGGGCACAACAAAAUGCCGACAUUUGUUUUCUUUUUCUCUAGCUUAUUUGCACCUAGGUUGUUGAUAUGAGACUUUACUAAAAAACAACAACAACAACCAGACAAUUGGUGUGUUUUUUUUGUGGAUGCUUCCACCGGUGUCAUGCCUUAGGACCCAUAUCUCUAUCACCCUGUGUUAUAUGACCUCCCUGGAUAGUGGCAGAACUAAAACCUUUAAAAUACAGUGGUACCUUGGUUUACAACCAUAAUCUGUUCCGGAGGUCCGUUUGUAAACCAAAACAUGUUGUAACCCAAGGCGCACUUUCACUAAUGGGGCCUCCCAAAAAAAUUUGUUCGUAAUCCAAAAAAAAUGGGUUGUAAUAAUAAUAAAAAAAGGUUGCAAACUGGGACACGCACUUCCGGGUUUGACGUGUUUGUAAUCCAAAACGUAUGCAAACCAAGGUACCACUGUACAGCUAUUGACCCUUAUACAGUGGUACCUCGGUUUACAAACUUAAUCCAUUCUGGAAGUCUGUUCUUAAACCGAAACCGUUCUUAAACCGAGGUGCGCUUUCCCUAAUGAGGCCUCCUGCUGCCGGUCCCCUUCCACCUUUCGGCUUCUGUUCUUAGACCGAGGUGAAGUUCGCAAACCGGGACACUACUUCCAGUUUUGUUUGAGUUUGUAAACCGAAUCAUUCAUAAACAGGGCUGUUCUUAAACCAAGGUACCACUGUAUUUCAUUUAGUUAUCAUAUUCUAUGUAAUUAAAAUAGAUUUCCUUCUGUAUAUUCUCUCUUCAGAUGGCUCUCUUCAGUAAGUUUAUAGAAAUGUUAAAGCAGCCAGAACGCUGUCCCCCUGUCAUUCUUAACAUCACUGGGAUAGCUCAGAUAGUAGAUCAUGAGACUUUUAAUCUUGGGGCCAUGGGUUUGAGCCCCACAUUGGGUAAAUAGAUUUCUGCAUCGCAGGGGGUUGGACUAGAUGAGCCUCGUUGUUCCUUCUAACUCUAAGAUUCCAUUGCAAAAGUGCUUAUCAGCAGUUAAGUUAUGUGUUAGAGAAAUGCAAAUAUAAUCCAUUAUUUGGUAUCUCGUUAUGGUAUAAAUAUAAUACCACACUAUCUCUUGAAAGUAAGUGUACAAGGUAAUGUUUGAGUCUGCUUUGUAGCACUGGUAGCCUGCACUGAAAAGUACACCUUAUGCAAAAUAUGCACUAUGUAUAGAAAAUAGUGGCAAAGGAGUAAAUAACUGAUGGUAUAUUUUUGAACUGACACCUUCUAGCUGUGUUAAACAUCAGAUAAUAAAUUUGUUACAUAUCAAGGGGGAAAUAUUCUCUAUUUUCAGUCAUUACAAAGGAAAUAGUAAUCUAAAUAUCCAUUUUGGGGUUGACCAGCAGAACUUUUAUCCAUUGGAUGGCCAAAUCUUUGAAGACUUCUUCUGCUGGUGUAUGGGAGGCUUUCCUUGUAUGUUAAUUUCCUGACUACCAUAAAUUCAGCAAACCUGAAAAAUUGAAUUAAUGCAUACCAGGCAGUUACAGGGAACCAGGCAGGGGGCCUUCUCCAUAGGGGCACCCUCCCUGUGGAACACCCUCCCUUCAGAUGUCAAGGAGAUAAAGAAUUACACAACUUUUAGAAGACAUCUGAAGGCAGUCCUGUUUCGGGAGGUUUUGAAUGCUUGAAGUUUUUAUUAUGUUUUUAGAUAUGCUGUAAGCCUCCCAGAGUGGCUGAGGAAACCCAGCCAGAUGGGCGGGGUAUAAAUACUAAAUUUGUUGUUAUGAUUAUAAUAAUAUUAUUAUUGAAUCUGAUAUGUGUUGGACUACACAUGAUAAAUCCACCCUUGAUCAUUACCUGAAAAUGCAUGAGCUUGCCCAUGAAAUAUGUAUGGCUGUGUUAUUUGGUGGGAGUCUAUUGCAAGCAUGCUUCAGAGUUUGGGAUGCUAUGGAUGACAAUACAGGACUGCUUCGCAAUGUGAGAUUGUAUGCAUGAAAAGCAACCUUCUAUUACCAUUCUCUUUCUUUGUAAAUGAUUAUCUUUUUAUUAUAAUUGUUUAGCUAUGUAUCUAAGCCUUAGCUCUCAUCAUCACUCUUAUCUGUGAGCUGCUGUCAUAUUUGUGUAUUAAAUAAAUUGAUCUUUGUACAUGAUGCUCUGUACAUAACAAGGAAGGUGUCAUUUGACUGAGAGAAAACUACAGAACCAGAGUUUUUAUGGUGUCAUUCUCUGUGGUGUAACAUGGAAGUGUUUUGAGACCUUUUCUGUGUGUUUUUUAAACACAAAUCUGUAGAGUGGAGUAAAUUGUGAAGAUGGCCAGCUAUUCAGAAUAGUAAAAUUCAAAGAAGAUUAUUCCCCUAAGGAUCUUUUGAAAUUGGGCAAGAGAAUGCAAAAUAAAAUUCAGUGCUGAUCAUAAAUAAAUGGCAUUUGGAACCAUUAUUCCUACACAUUCACCCCCAAGUGCACAUACAGAUAUCUUAAUUGACUUUAACUAUUUGAUAAAUACUUUGCAGUCAUUUGAAAAUGUCAACUGAGCAGUGUGAAAAUGUCAUCUUUGAGCAGCGUGAUAAUGAAGAAAGCAAAUGUAAUAUAAAGAAUUUAAGAGCAGAUAAAAAGCAAGAAAUUGCCAUCUUAGUUGUAGAUUAUUAGAAUUGUAGGUACAAUUUGGCUACAUGUACCUGCAUUUCUUUGACAUUGCUUUACCUCAAACAGUAUAUCAUAUAAUUGGGAAAAUUAUGUUUAAGAAAGGCAGGUUAAAAUGAUAAUCCAUUUAUAAUGGAGAAAAACUUAAAAGGUGAUAAAUUUGCUGUUGAGGAUGUGGUAGGUGCUUUUAAAAUUGAGUGGCAAAAGUGAGUCGGGGAAAGCUAUUACCUCAAAAUGCAAGGAUCCAGGGUUAUCCACAAGAAUUGUCUGACUACAAAUUGAGCAGCAAAAUGAAGUUCUUCACUGUCACGGGAAGCUAUGGUAGACAUUGGGAUAAACAACUAUAAAAAUGUUACAUCAAUACAUAGAAGUUAUAAACUCUGUUAAUCUGGAAGCAACCAGUUUCCUCCUUGCCCUUCCCUUAUUUGUUGUUGUUACAUUCCUCCACUACCAGGCAGUCCCCAUGGCUCUGUUUCUGUGGCUUUAGGCAUUUUUGAUUUUUUUUAAUUUUUUUAAAAAUGCUAUCACUUGAAUGCAGCACUAAGAAAACUCUCAGUUCUGGUGUUCAUUCUGUCAGAACCAACUGUCUCUGGCACAGUGGAGCAGCUUAGAUUAACUACCUCUUAAACUCGUAUUUUGCUGGAGGUCGAAUACUAGGUUUUAUUCCUUUGUUAUGUAACAGUCCAGUCCAGUCCAGUGGGGAGUCAGGAGGGGCAUAUCAACCACGCUUCCAUUUUGUAAGAAUUUGCCUCCAUUGUAACGAGGGGGGAAUUGAUUAGCCUAAUCCUGGGGCCUCUUGGAAGUGCAAAGGAGCUUUGCAUCCCAAGCCACCAUUGAUCUGUCCCAGCCUCCCAAAACACUCUGUUUGAGGGCCGUUCUGCAGGCAUACCAGGGGCCUUUGCAGUGGGCAUUGCCCACUCACUGGUGAAACUCCUGCCUGCUGGGAGAUGCUCCUUCUUCCACAUACAGUGGUACCUCUAGCUGCGGACACAAUCCGUUCCGGGGUGCCGUUCGUACCCCGAAAAGUCCGCAUCUAGAGUGGCGCUUCUGCUCAAGCGCGGAGUACAAUAGAGUGCUUCUGUGCAUGUGCGCCUGGCAAAACCCAGAAGUAUCCACUUCCGGGUUUGCCGCGUUCGCAAGCCGAAAAGACGCAACGUGACCCUAACGCAACACGAGACAUGACUGUACUAACUUGCUCUGGCUAUGUCAAUUCUUUGGGGUGUUUUUAGUUCAGUUAUUUGUUUAGUUUUCAGUUUUAGUGGGUAUUUCUAAAUUGGAACUAUAUUGCUUUGCUGUGACAUGAGCUGCCUUGUGAAGGCUUGGACACUGAAGAGCAGGCUACAAAUAUUUAGAGAAAUAAAAAGUAUGUGCCUAUUUUUUUGUUUUAUAGCUUUCGACAGUCCUGUUGCAAGUCUUGAUGGCUAUUAAUCUCUGUACAGUCAUACCUCGGGUUGAAUGCGCUUCAGGUUGAGCGCGUUACUUCCAGGUUUCGCUGCUUGUGCAUGCGCAGAUGCUCAAAAUGACGUCACGCGCAUGUGCAGAAGCGGCAAAAAGUGACGCGUGCGCGCGCAGACGUGCUAUUGCUAGUUACGUUUGCUUCUAGAUGCGAACGGGGAUCCGGAACGGAUCCUGUUCGUAUCCAGAGGUACCACUGUACUAGAUUUGUUACUAUGUCUGUGUUGUCUCUGAGCUCUUAGCCCUUAAAUAUAAGGCAGUCUUGCGAAGAAACUUUCCUCCCCCUCCAAAACAAAUCAGUGGUCCCCCUGCCCUUGUCAUAGGGCAUAUCUUAAGGUGAUCAGUUUGGGUGGUACUUCACAUCAGAAGCUAAUUGCAGUGCUGUUUUCACACUCUUUGAUCUGGACUAUAUAGUUACAUUUAUUUCCCAUGCUGUAAUGUGCCUAUGUGAAAGACAGAGAUGCAAUUUUAAAUGCGUAGCUUUUUUAAAAAAAUGGUUUUUGGCCAUACUGGAAGAUGGAUAUACAAUUGCAGGUAUUACCUGUAAUGAAUAGACAAGUUCUAUCUUAAGCACAUUUUUAGCCCACCCACCAUUUCCCCACUUGCACUUUUUAAACGUAUGGUUGGAAAACCUUGCCACUUGUCAGUUGCAUCAGUUCCAGUUUCUUCUGCCACAGUUGAAGCUGCUUGGAAAUGCAGGUGGAUUUUGUUUUUCCUGUUCAAAAGGACAUGCACACUGCUGCUCAGCAAUACUUUUAAAAACAAAAAGAGAGAGAAGUCAUUUGUGAAUCUGACUUCAGCAGUUUCUGCUGAGCAGAAGUUGGACAAUGAACUAAGGACUCAGCUAGAUUGGUAAAGUAAAAGUGUUUUAUAUGCGUUGUAUGCGUUGUAACACUGUGACACCACAUGGUGCUGUGGAACCCCGUCUUUCCCUACCAGAUUUCCCUAUAUGAGUUAAUGGCAAUGGGGUGCAUUAGAAACAUCUAUGUGAGAUUUCAUCAGAAUCCAGAUUGGUUUUUACCAGGAUAGGUAGGUGGGAAGGAGUGGCUUUAUCUGCAACAGCUGAAAGGAAUCUAUUUAACGCAGGGAAGAUAGUAAGUUAUGAUCUGGCUCGUUUGCAUUAACAGAAAUGGUGAAAGAUUCCUGAGUGAUGAUGAAAACAGUAAAAGCCAUGAGUGAUUUCAGCACUAGAGAUACUUCUUUCUUUUCAUAAAGACUUUCUGAAGCCACUAUAGUUUUUCUCAACCAGCUAAUACUCUCCAGCCUCUUCCAACUGAAGUUUGUCUAGUCUCCUUUUUGGUCCUGUUUCAGUUUUAGAUCAUAUGCCUUCUGGGCAGCAAUUAUAUUAGUUUCAUGGCUUUGCACACUGCCUGACACCUUAGUGCUAAAUAAAUAUUUUAAAAUAGUAAAGUGCUGUAAACAGCAAAGAAAUACAGGAAUUAAAUCCAAAGCAAGUAGUUGUUUUUAUCCUUGGUUUCGAGGUGUGUGUGAGUAAAGUUGGGAGGUGCUAAGUGAUAACCUGGUAUUCUACCUUGUAGCUUACUUGAUGUUCUACUGACCUACAUUUGCCUCAGCCGUUGCGUGACAAAACUAGGUCAACUUCAGUUUCAGUUCCUAGGUUUUGUCCCAUUUGGGAAAGAGGUGUGUUGCUUUUCUUAAGUUUCAAAUACAACAGAGAGGAAGAUGCCAGUAAGCACAUGAAUAGAAAUCUCUGUGCACUGAAAAACUAAAGAGUAUUUUACAGGUGCUCAGGAAAGAUAUUUAGUCUUAAUCUAAAUUUGCGUACGUUGUGUAUGUAGAGUUUUGUGAGAAUGUAUUUCUUUUAACAGUGUUUUUCUUAAAAAGCCAGAGUCAAACUUUGAAUGGUAAGGUCCCAUUUUGUUCCCCAAAGUGGUGAAAAGUCUCUCACUUUAAAUUAUUGCAACAGUAUCUGGACUGAUCAUAUUAUGCUGAACAAAACUGAACUGCUGUUAUGUCUGCCCCAUUUGGCUGACUGUUUGGACAGGAAGCCUUCUUUUAUAUGGCUCAUUCAUGCUUCUCGCUCGCUCAUGCGAGACCCUGGAUGAAUGAAUGUGCUUUCCCCACCCCAAAGGCUUUGAUACUGUGGUGAGGGGCCCUUCAGCACAGUGUUGUUUAGGCUGACAAUUCUCUUUGCACUUUGUGUUUCUGUGUUUGUUUGGCGCUUGCUCCCCAAAUUAAAAUUAGAAGGUUGAAGAAAUGUAAAAUUUAGGAAGAUAAAAUCAACUGUAGACAGAUGAUAAAGAUAAGGAAAGAAGUAAAUUGUUUUAGGGGGAAAGGUCAGUUUUGUACAUAGCACCUUUUAUUGCACUGUUUUUGGCCACUGUGAUAUAAUGGGUAUGUUGGAUUUCGAUUCGGGAAACAUGGGGAUGAAAUCUCCACUGAGUCAUUUCACCAUUCCCUUUCAGUCUGAAGAUCAAAUGAAAAAGCCCGGUAUAUGUUGCCCUGAAGUCAUAAAAGCUUGGGUGUGAUUUGGAUGUAAUGAACUGGAUAAUGGGAUUGCAGUCGAAAAUGUACUUUUAUUGGAUAAUGUUAAGGGACUUUUAGACCUCUACCCCUUCCCCAUUUCUCAACUGCAAAUAUGACUACUUCUUCUUUUUUCCGAUAGUUUGCAAGCAAACAUGAUAUAUACUGUAUACAGAAAAUUGGAUCCAUUUGUGUCCUCUUAUCAGUUGUGACAGAAUACUCUUUGAACCAACAGAGGCUUCAGUGAAUGGAAAGCAGGGUGGGUACAGGCAAUUUUCUCUGAUCCCACUUUCCCUCUUGCAGCUCCCUUUGCCAUGCCAAUACGUUCCAGAGAGUUGGGGGACCCUUUGGAACAGCAUUGAGACGUGAUGCAAGGGCCUGCAGGAGAAAAGAGGCUAUUUUUGAAAACCCCCCCCCUUUAUUGCUCACAGGCGCCUCUAAUUGAUCAAAGAGCCUUCCAUCAAUGGUGGGACACAGUUGGAUACAACCCAGAAAGCUUGAAUUUAAUUCUUUCUUUUCUACCUGCAUUUGAAAUCUCAUGUCUGUCAAUCCCCUCUUCUGUGUUUGAAAAUAAAACUUUGUAUGCCGAAAGGCUUGAGGUUGCAUUCUUCUGUACUUUGAAGACUGGUUAGGGUGUUAAUAUUUAUAAAACAUAUUUAACUAUAUCUGUUGGAUUUAAUAUAAAUGGCUAAAAGUGUUACUUAUGCUUUUGGGAUUUGUGUUGCUUUACUGAGUUAGUAAUUAUAAUUCUCAAGAGACCCUUUGCUAUGAAAGAUUGCAUAGAGUGAGUAAAACUUGCAGUUAGGCAUUUCCACACCAUUCUUUCUCAUAUAAUCAUGCACCAAUAAUUAAGAUUAUUCAGCACUUACAUCACAUUUUUAAUUGCAGGGAAUCUGGUUUUGAAAAGGUCAUGACAUCCUGGAUUUUGUUUUUCCUGCAUGUUGUAGGAAUUUUUUAAAAACAGUAAGGUGCAGUUCUAAAAGGCACAUUUCUUGUAAAGAUACAUGUUUUUGCCCAAGCUUUCCCUGACCUAUAAGAUCAGACCCUAUUUUUGUCUAUAAAUUCCCUGAAUUCUUGUUUGUAUUCUUAUAUGCUUUUAUAAUACUAUUUUGCUGGUUUUAUGUUGUAUACUGUUUUAAUUAUAUUCUUUGCAGUUUUCUGUUGUACAGCAUUGAGAUAUUUUUUAAAAUAUUAUAACCGUUAUAAAUGUUUUAAAUAAAAAUAAAUAAAAUAUUUCUCCUCCCCUCUGUUGUUUUCACCUAGUGCCUAAAGAUAUGUAAUGGAGACACCAGGCAAGCCUCUACUGGGCGAUCAAAGCAGUUUCUGUGCCAAAACCAGGCCUAAAGCCCCAUUGCAUGCAUGUUUAGAAUGUUGUAUUAUUUUAUUGUUGUUAGCCGCCCUGAGCCUGGCUUCGGCUGGGGAGGGCAGGAUAUAAAUAAAUUAUUAUUAUUAUUAUUGUUAUUGUUAUUGUUAUUAUUGACAUGGAGCUACAAAAUCAGUUGAGGAAAAUAAGUUCUAUCCCUCGCACUUCCAGUCUAUAUGACAGCUAGUGCUGAUGCCUGUAGUUGCAAUGACUUGCAGCACACACACAGCUUUCCAACUUUAUGUUUCAAUUGCACACCACAUGUUAAAAGUAUUUUGCAAGCCUUCGGGCAAGCACGGCCAAACUUGGCCCUCCAGCUGUUUUGGGACUACAAUUCCCAUCAUCCCUGACCACUGGUCUUGUUAGCUAGGGAUGAUGGGAGUUGUAGUCCUAAAACAGCUGGAGGGCCAAGUUUGGCCAUGCCUGCCUUAGGGCUUUAAUCCAGUCUUGGGUUCAAUUUUUCACUUAUUCAAACUUCAUGCAUUUGGGGAAAGUGCUUCCACAUCGUGCACAUAAGAGUGGCAGUGUCACCCUCAGAGGGUGCCCUUUUGGGGGGUCAUCACCCUUGGGGCCCUUUGCCCAAGGAACCAGGUGGAGGUGUUUGGAUUCCACCCAUUAUCUCUCUUGAUGGCAGCAGCUCUUCUGGUAAAAAGUGCCUUUGGAGACUAAUUGCAUAGAUAGUAAAGAAGAGUUGCUACUCCGGUAUAUAAUUAAAUGUGUGUUUAUAGGAAGCCUGGUGCAUACAAAAUGGCAGAUUUCGUUUUUACUGUGAGCCAAUGAAUAGUGUUGGAUAGUAGCCUUUGAAAGCAGUUGUUUAUUUUGCUUCAAAGCCUUAGGGAGCUGUUGUGUACAAGAAUUAUGAGAAGGAAUGAAAUCGAAACACUGCAUGGGAAAGUAUAUCAUGUUCACAAAUCGUUCAGAUUUUUCAGGUCGUGGGGCCGAAACAAGCUGCUUAAGCUUAUUGAUUAACCUUCCUUGGCAUACUUUGAUCCAUGUCUCCGCCCUAUUGAUGAAGAUUGUAAGAAAUUAGGAUUUGCAGAUUGCAGUUUCUGGCACUGAGGAAGAGAAGAAUAAAGGAAAAGGAGAUCAAGAACCAGAAGCACAAGAUAGCUGAAUAUAGAUUAGCAACACAGCACAUGUUUUAAUAUUUGGAUUUAGAAACAAGGUGGUUGUAGUAAUGGCCCAAUGGGUGUGUCCUCCCUGCCCUCCCGGUCCAAUUCUUGCACUACAUAUUUUAGGCAGUCUGCAGAUUCUAAUACUUGUUAGUGUAACUUUGCAAAUACCUAUGGGAUAUGAGCCCACAUAUUCCUAUUGUGGUUCAGUAGAAGGUUGUCGCCUAAAAGAAACAGAAGUUUUCUGGGUCCAAGACAAUUUUUCCGGGUCCAAGAUAAUGUUUUGUUGCGGUGGUGGCAUCCCCCACAAAAGCCAAACAACUGCACUCUAAGAAGCUUAACAAUUUUUGGGUGAUCUGUGCAGGAAAAGCUCAACAACUCAACGGCAAUCUCCCCCCGCCCCCCAAAAAGCUUAAGAACCCAAGAAAUAUUGACUUUUUGAUUUUUGCUUCAUAAAAAUAAGAAUAGGGGUCAUCUUAUACAUGGGGGCAUCUUAUACACAGAAAAAUAUGGUAACUUUUGCAACAAUUAUGUGGCUGUUCUUUGAAUACAGAGCCAGAGGUUUGGAGAAAAAAGGAAAUUAAUCUGGAACAAAUUUAGAUAGAAGACAAAGUGAGGGAAGAUGUAUUUUCUAUUGAAAGUGCAGAGAAAACAAGAAAUAGUGGGUACCAGUGGAGGGAGGAAAACAGAGUGUCUGGCAAAUUUUGAGAAAUUUAGUCUUAACAGGAGAGCCCUUGGCUGGUAUGUAUACUCAGGAUCCCAGCUCUUGUUCUUUACAGGUAGACUAGUUUGGAUGAGGUAUGCUUAUUAAUACCUGAAAAUGGUAGAUCUUAACUAAGGCCUGGUUCUUGAUUUUGACAUGUUAAAUUUUAAUCUAUAAUGUGGUUUUCCUGCUUAGUUGAGCCAGUUCUAGACUAGAUGAGUUAUUCGUGGAUACCUUGCCACUCUUCAGUUGUAUUCUGUAUCAUAAGAUAGUACAAUAACUGAUGGUCUCUGUAGCUAGUCAUAUAAAACAUUUAAUAGAACAACUUGCUUAAGAUUCACAAAUGUGUUAAAUAGUUUUUAGCCUUUACAGUUCUGUUGUUAACCACAAAAUAUGAAUAGUUAGUACCUUUGGUUUGCUAAAUGGGCUUCCCUUUUCUCGCUUAUAUAUUUUUCAUGGUAGUUUGAAUAAUCCUUUGUUAUUUCACUUUCCAGAGGCCUUCAUGCCUUUUACUUCCUGUUGUUAGAUCAGAUGGUGCUGGUGCUGUGCUGGCCACAGAAAGUAAGAAUUCCGUAAUUUCUUGUGAUAUUUAAUGGACUUACAAAUGGCAUCCGUCAGAUCGCCUAGGGCAGGGGUGCCCAAACUUUUUUCAAAGAGGGCCAGAUUUGAUGAAGUGAACAUGUGAGAGGGCCGACCAAAGUUGUAGUUGUUGAGCUUUUUUUAGGAUAAAACUGCCACAGUGGCCGGAUAAAGUAAAACCAGCCGGGGGGCCGCAUUAGGACCCCAAAACCGACUUUGGACAUGCCUGGCCUAGGGAGAUUUAAAAUUACAUCCUUGAUGUAUGGAUAGAUUCGUGUGCAUGCAGUCUCCAGGCUGUUGCCCUUGUGUUUCCCCCCAAGUUGUGUUGUGCUUUCAUGAUUGAUCAUACGGUUUUCUCCCUCCUUGCCGUAAAGGUAAAGGCGCCCCUGACCAUUAGGUCCAGUUGUGGCCGACUCUGGGGUUGCAGCACUCAUCUUGCUUUAUUGGCCGAGGGACCCGGUGUACAGCUUCCGGGUCAUGUGGCCAGUAUGACUAAGCCGCUUCUGGCGAACCAGAGCAGCGCACGAAAACGCCGUUUACCUUCCCGCCGGAGCGGUACCUAUUUAUCUACUUGCACUUUGACGUCCUUUCGAACUGCUAGGUUGGCAGGAGCUGAGCCUGAACAACAGGAGCUCACCCCGUGGCAGGGAUUCGAACCGCCAACCUUCUGAUCGGCAAGCCCUAGGCUCUGUGGUUUAACCCACAGCGCCACCCGCGUCCCUUUACCUUAAAGGGCCACACGCUAAAAUGCUGAAGGGAGUCAGAAAGCCUCACAGUGGCAGCAGUAUGGUACCUGCCUUGGGAUUUCUUCCUUCCAGUCAUUGAGCUUAUAUCUCUAAGUGUGGGAAAUGUGUCUUGUUCUCACUUAGCAGUCACUCUUUGGGCAGCAGUCUGGUCCAUUUAGGGAAAUUAAACCUCUGCAUUCAUCCAGACCAUUUACUGCCCUUGCACUGGACAUGUGCAUGGUGGGGAUUGGUUACUUUCCUCGUGGUGACCAGGAGCCAGAAGCUCUUAGUAUCUUAGAAGGGGAGGUGUCAGCCAUAUUUGCAAUCAAUACGGUGUCCUGUCCAAUGUAGAAGCCCCAUUCAGCAGAAUUCAUGUGGGGUGUGGGGGGCAUUGAGUUUGGGGGUAAAGAAGCGUACUUGGAAGAGGAGGAAAGGAGGCAAAGCUAGGGUCAUUGGAGGAAGAGGAGCAGGCAGUCAAGGAGUUCAGGGCUUACGGCUCCAAAUAAUUGCUUGCAAGACUGGCAUUUAAAUUUGUACUCUAUGCCUUAAAAUUCUGUACAUAACAGAGCAUGUUUGACAUUUCAAUUAAUUACAGUAUAAGUGUGUGUGCGUGUGUGUGUGUGCGUGCGCACUGUACUUCACUAUUCCCAAAUUAUUCUGCCAUCCAAACAAGAAAUAAUAUCUUGUACAGUCAUACCUCGGGUUGAAGUAGCUUCGGGAUGAAUAUUUUCGGGUUGCGCUCCGUGGCAACCUGGAAGUAACGGAGCGUGUUACUUCCGGGUUUCACUGCAUGCACAGAUGCUCAAAAUGACAUCACGCACAUGUGCAGAAGCGGCGAAACGUGACCUGCGCAGUUGCGUGUUGCGUUCAUUUCAGGAUGUGAAUGGGGCUCCGGAACGGAUCGCGUUCGCAUCCAGGAGUAACACUGUAUUUCUGAGGGUGUUUUUUUCCAGCUUACUUCAAAUUUCAUGUGAUGCCUCCCUCCCUCCUAUUUUUUCCUCUUCCCAUCAGCUCCCUAACUGGUGCCACUACCUUAGUACAGCCCUUUAUUUUAUUUGUUACAUUUAGGUUUUUCAUCUAGUCAACAUACUGUGGCCAAAAGCUCUCUACAGACCGUUUUCUUCUGCCACCUUUUCUCUUCUUUCGUGUGACCAGGUUCAUAGUUCCGUAUGAAAACAGAGAGAUUUCUUUUUUACAAUAGAUCGUGUCCACAUUAAAAUACAUUUAGAUUAAUACAGUUUGAAAGUUGCACUAGUAGAACUAUUCUGUGAACCUCUGAUGUUCUUCAGAUAUUAGCUGCUAAUGUUAUUACUUGAUUAUGACAAAGGGCUUUCCACUCUUCACAGCAUUCAAAAAUGUUCACUCUUCACAAAUGAAUAGAGACUUAAGUUUAUACUAGAGGCUGUUUUUAGGUAACAUGGUAUUUGCUUAGAUACAUAUUAACAUAUUUCCUCAGAUACAGUGGAGCACGAAUAAUUAUUUUUCCUAAAAAUGAGUAACUAGAUGAAAUGGAGAGGUACUUUCCAACCGUAUGAUAUGAAUAUCCUUAGACCAAAGCAGUGCCCCUCUCCACAUCAGUUGUGUUCUUCAGAAAGGUGCUUCCUUUUGAAUGAACAAACAGCUAGUUUUAUAACCAAUCUCAUUUCCACUGUCUUCUGUGUUACUGUAAUUGAACCUUCCUUGUUGUCCUUAAAAGCUUAACUAGUCCAGGCAAAGCCAUGAUUACAAACAAAACAGAGCAAUCAUGAAUAUCUCAGUAAAACAUAAACUUGUAUUUAGACUGUUUUUAAAAUAAGCAUAAAUUAGUGCAUUGUAGCCAUAAUUCUUUAGGCUGUGGAAAUGUAUAAUUGCCCUAUUUACUCUCAACAUGGAAUAAACGCCCAGUCUCUCUAACUGGUUUUGCCUGAUUCUUUUAUUCUCUCUAGCCUGCGGUCAUACAGUAUACGAGGGCAGCCCAACUUUUCAUACCAAGUGGGCUACAAGAGUACUUGGACAUGGAACUUGCAGGCCGCACACUGCCUUGUCUUGUGCAUGUGUGUGUGUGUGUGUGUGUGUGUGGAGAGCAAGCUCAAAAACUGAUUCCCAUCCCCACCAGGCCCUCAUGCUGCCUUCCCAAAACUGGUUAAGCAAGGUGCUGGGCUUUGGGUAGGAGGCAUGAGGCUCUGGCAGGGUCCUUCCCAUCUCCUUCCCAAAGCUGGGAAAGCACCAGCUAGGCUUUGGGAAGGGUGUGGGAGGACUCUAUGAGCCCUCCAGAACCCCCACACCUUUCUCAAAGCACAGAGCCUCACUUACCUGGUUUUGGGAAGGCAACACGAAGGCUGCGAGGGUGGGGUGGGUCAAAUGUUACUGAGGGCUGACAAAAAACGGCCUCAGGGGCUGUGCGUUAGACCACUUUUCAGUAUACUAAAAGUCUUGAUAUCUUAAAAAGCAGAGACAUCACCUUGCCGUCAAAGGUCCGUAUAGUUGAAGCUAUGGUUUUCCCAGUAGUGAUGUAUGGAAGUGAGAGCUGGGCCAUAAAGAAGGCUGAUCGCUGAAGAAUUGAUGCUUUUGAAUUAUGGUGCUGGAGGAGACUCUUGAGAGUCCCAUGGACUGCAAGAAGAUCAAACCUAUCCAUUCUGAAGGAAAUCAGCCCUGAGUGCUCACUGGAAGGACAGAUCCUGAAGCUGAGGCUCCAAGACUUUGGCCACCUCAUGAGAAGAGAAGACUCCCUGGAAAAGACCCUAAUGUUGGGAAAGAUGGAGGGCACAAGGAGAAGGGGACAACAGAGGACGAGAUGGUUGGACAGUGUUCUCAAAACUACCAGCAUGAGUUUGACCAAACUGCGGGAGGCAGUGGAGACAGGAGUGCCUGGCGUGCUCUGGUCUAUGGGGUCACGAAGAGUCGGACACGACUAAACGACGAAACAACAGCAAAGAGUCUUGAUAUUUCCAUUAUGAACACACACAACUAGUCGGAUAACUCAGUAAAGCACUGUGAUUUUUGCCUUAAGGAACUCCUAUGCCUCCCCAUUCCUGCUGUUCAUAGGAACACUGCAGAAUGUCAGAGCAAUGCCUAGCAUCCAUUAUAGUUUGGCUAGCACAUUUUAAUUGUUGCCUCUCAAAAUCCUGAUUUAUUUAUUUUUUUAGUCCCCCCCCCCCCCCAGAUAAUCAGCCCUCUCUUGAGCCAGAGGCUCCUGUGCUUUAAGCCAGUGGUUCUCAAAGGGUGUGGCACAUCACACUGGUGUGGCAGGAGAGGAUGUGGUGGGAAGAUUCAAGGACAAUCAGAGAAACAUUUAAACAUUUCAGUACAGUAUGGUAUAGUGUCAAAUUAAAAUUGUGUGUGUGUGUCUGUGUGUGUGUACAUAAACACAACCAGAAACAGUAUCCAUGCCUCUUCAAGAGCAUUGCUAUAGUUCUCUAUGACAUAUUGUUGUGAACACGGAUUUUCAAUUCUGAAGAAUAUGAGAUUACCUGGCAAAAGCAAACUCACACCUUAAGUAGGUUUAUACCUACUUAAGGUACAUAUGUAAGAGGCUCGUUUAUAAAGUGGUACCUCAGGUUAAGUACUUAAUUCGUUCCGGAGGUCCGUACUUAACCUGAAACUGUUCUUAACCUGAAGCACCACUUUAGCUAAUGGGGCCUCCUGCAGCUGCGCCGCCGGAGCCCGAUUUCUGUUCUCAUCCUGAAGCAAAGUUGUUAACCUGAAGCACUAUUUCUGGGUUAGCAGAGUCUGUAACCUGAAGUGUAUGUAACCUGAAGCGUAUGUAACCUGAGGUACCACUGUAAUUAUAUUUUCCGAACGAUUUAUGUUCUUAUAUAGCUGCAUUGGCUUAUACUUUCUGGAUGUUCCAUGAUCAUAUUAUAAAGUAGUUGUGUUCUUUGUUAUAAAUCAAGCACUGUUUUCCAAUGUAUUUCUUAUCAAUAAAAAAAUGAGGUGUGGUGCAAGCAAAUUAUUAUUCUGAAAAUGUGACCCAUAGAAUUUUUUUUAAUUUUUUUUUUUUUUGAGAACCACUGCUUUAAGCACACCUUGAUCUCAACAUAUGGAAACAGAAGGGAUCAAAGUAAAAGUCCUGAUAUGAUGAAAAGUUAUUCCAAAGAACUGUGGAGUACUUUCAUUUUGCUCUGAAUUGAUUUAGCUCAGGUAUACCCUUCUGGAAAGUCUAGCAAAUAAAUAAUGCACUCUUUUAAUUUAUUUAUUUUAUUAAAUUUCUAUUCCACCCUUCCUCCCAAAGGAAGGAACAGUGUCCUUUUAGAUUGCAGUAAUAGAUGGAUGGGUAAAUAAAGAAUAAAAGUUGCUUUAUUUUCAUGAUUGGGCUGCCUCUUGCAGAAUAAUUUAUUUCUUUUUUGACAUAGCUAUACACGUAAACUAUAUUUGGGCAGACAGGUAAAUUUUGAGUGGGUGCCUACAAAGCUGGUUUUCCUAAAUAGGCCAGUAUUUCCCGCAGAUUUCUGGUGUUGCAAGAACAGAGCCCACAACUGUUGACGAGAGGAAGAAAUGUGUUGGGGAAUCAACCAUAACACUUUCACAGAAACUUAUCUCCAUUUGGGACUGUGAUUCUGGUUUGGCUUUAAGGAACCCUCUUAUGGCCAAAUUACAUAAGAUGCCAGUCUUGUUUCAUCAAGCAUGCUUAAGCUAGCUGUUGUUAUUUUGAAGAAAACGCAGUUACAGUGGUACCUUGGGUUAAGUACUUAAUUCGUUCUGGAGGUCCAUUCUUAACCUGAAACUGUUCUUAACCUGAAGCACCACUUUAGCUAAUAGGGCCUCCCACUGCCGCUGCGCGAUUUCUGUUCUCAUCCUAAAGCAAAGUUCUUAACCCAAGGUACUAUUUCUGGGUUAGUAGAGUCUGUAACCUGAAGCACCUGUAAGAGAGCCAGUGUGGUGUAGUGGUUAAGAGUGGUAGACUCGUAAUCUGGGGAACCGGGAUUGCGUCUCCGCUCCUCCACAUGCAGCUGCUGGGUGACCUUGGGCCAGCCACACUUCUCUGAAGUCUCUCAGCCCCAUUCACCUCACAGAGUGUUUGUUGUGGGGAAGGGAAAGGAGAAUGUUAGCCGCUUUGAGACUCCUUUGGGUCGUGAUAAAGCGGGAUAUCAAAUCCAAACUCCUCCUCUUCUUCUUCUGUCUGUAACCCAAGGUACCACUGUAUAGGGUUCAAAUUAGGCCCCUUACCAGUUUUCUGCUGAAGCCUCCGUCCUUCCUAACCUGACUUCUUUUAGCCCCGGAUGGUGUUGUUUGCAUUAAACAGUACUCUUGGGGAGCAAAAACAGCCAGGAAGGAGUGGUUUUCAUUAGAAAACCAACAGGGGACCCCAGUCAGGAGCAUGUUCUGGGUUGCAGCCCUGCGGCUGCUUUUUCUCCAAAAACUUUAAAGCAUCUUUUCUGUGCAAGCUGAGAACCUUUAUAUUCAACUUGAGUGUUUUUUUUUCAAAUCUGAGUGUCCCAGUUUAUGACUCAUGUUUCAUUGUACUGUAUAUCUGCCAGAAAGUACCAAUUUUGAUGCAGCUUUUGUUGUUUUGUAUUUUCAAUGUUGAGGUUUGUUUGUUUAUUUUGUGAGUCAUUCAGAGAACAUGUGCUGUUGGGCCACUGUACAAAUGUGGACAAUAAAUAAUACCUACAAUAAAAACCGCCUCGCCUGGUAUGCCCCGCGGAGGACCUUAAGGUCCACAAAUGACAACAUUUUGGAGGUCCCAGGUCACAAGGCGGUUAGAUUGGUCUCAACUAGGGCCAGGGCCUUUUCAGUACUGGCCCCAACUUGGUGGAAUGCUCUGUCACAAGAGACUGGGGCCCAGUGGGACUUGACAUCUUUCGCAGGGCCUGCAAGACAGAGCUGUUCCGCCUGGCCUUUGGUUUGGACUCAGUCUCACCCUUAUGUUUCCCUCCCCUUAUGGUCUUGAUUUAUCGGCUAUUUUAAAAUGAGGCUUCAUUUUAAAUUGCAUUUUAACCUGUAUUUUAAAUUGGGGGUUUUUUUGUCCCUCCCCCCCUUUCCCCCUAUUAUGUUUUUACUGUGAUUUUUUUGGUGUUAGCCACCCUGAGCCCGGCUCUGUCCGGGGAGGGCGGGGUAUAUUAUUAUUAGCAUGCUUGUUUUAAGCACAUGGCUAACUUCACAUGUAGUUUGACCCUUAAAGGUAAAGGUAAAGGGACCCCAGACCCAUUAGGUCCAGUCGUGACCGACUCUGGGGUUGCGGCGCUCAUCUCGCUUUAUUGGCCGAGGGAGCCGGCGUACAGCUUCCGGGUCAUGUGGCCAGCAUGACUAAGCUGCUUCUGGCGAACCAGAGCAGCGCAUGGAAAUGCCGUUUACCUUCCCACCGGAGCAGUACCUAUUUAUCUACUUGCACUUUGACGUGCUUUUGAACUGCUAGGUGGACAGGAGCAGGGACCGCGCAAUGGGAACUCACCCUGUCAUGGGGAUUUGAACUGCCAACCUUCUGAUCGGCAAGUCCUAGGCUCUGUGGUUUAACCCGCAGCGCUACCCGCGUCCCACAGUUUGACCCUUAGCACCCUGCUAUUGCCUCUCCAUCAUUGGUCUGCUGCUCCUCAAUAAUGCAUUAUGAGGUCUCAUAGCCAAUGGUUGAGAUCUUUGGCGAAGUAGUGCCUGGGAAGGAGAUCUGGGAGAGAAGAAGCUGGCUUUGGGACAGUGUUGUUGUGUAAGGCACAACAGAUUCCUGCCCACGCAGCAGGAUUUCUACUUCUCCUCCUCUCCCCUACAGCCCCCGCUGCUACAUGCCCCCAGAAUCAGCUCCAGAGGGUUGGAGGACCCUUGAGAGAAGAUGUGGGUGGUGGUGCAGAUGGCUUCACCAGUGAGGAGUAGAAAGAGAAAUCCUGCUUCAUGAGUUGGAACUGCAGUUGUUGUUGUCAUCCAUCUGUCUUGAAAUAUAAUGGAGUGCACCUCUGGGUGUGAAGUCAAAACCGCUCUGUUAGCAGCACCGGUGUAUAGUGUUAGAUGCAACUCACAGUUGCAUUUAUCUUCUUACUUGAAAUAUGCAUAGGUUGAAGAAUCUGAUAUGUAGGAAGGAAGUAGUACUAUAUAGACAAAGGCUCAGAGUUCAAUAACUUUUUAUUAUAGGUUCAAAGUUUUUUUAAAAGACCUUUGUUUUCGUACAAGGAAGUGUGUCGCUUAACAUUUUUUUCAUUAUUCUCAGAUGAGAAACUGAUGUCUAAAAUGGACUGUUUCCACUAAAAAACCAAAUGAGUAGUGAUCAAAGAAAUUCCAUUUCUCUUCCUUUCUUACUCUUUACUAAAACACUAAGCCCACAACUUAUGUGGGGGUUCCAUUUUGGGGGUUGUGCUUAAAGCCAAAACUGCAUAUUGUCAAAACACAUUGGGAUCUGUGGUGGGUGGGUUUGCCAAAGUCAUUUCCCCCAGAACCCCACCUCCUUUCUGGCCCCUUUUUAAUUUUUCGCCACAUGCAGAUUGCUAAAUGCACACAAAUUAAAUGUGUGUAAGUUGCAGACUUACUUUAUAUAUCAGUACCUGGCGCAUCUAUAUAGCUGAGUAUCAGUACCUAGAAACACAACUGUUGCAUGUAUUUUAUAACUAUGAAUUUGCUUUCUGAAAUUGGUGUAAAAUUUUCAUAAUAAUGCAAAAGAAAAUUCAGUUUAUAUGCCUAUUUAGUUUAUAUGUGUAUUCUUUUCCUAGAACACAUCAGUAAUGGAGGAUCAGAAUGAAGAUGAGUCUCCAAAGAAAAACACACUGUGGCAGGUAGGCUUUCUGCUUUUCUUUAAAAUGCAGCAAAUUGAUGUCACCUUUCUCUUCUUUUUCUUUUAUUAUUGUUUUGGAAUUAUUACCUUUGGCAUUUCCCCAGCCAUAGUGUCUUCAGAUGCUAUUGGUAUGUUCUUAAGUUUGGCAUAUGCAAGAGCUACCAGACAAAAUUCAGGCCUCAUGAGAUCUACAGGUAUAAGGCGGUAUACAAAUAUUAUUAUUAUUAUUAUUAUUAUUAUUAUUAUUAGUUAUGGCUUGGAUAUACCGUAUUUUUAUGUCUAUAAGACGCCCCCAUGUAUAAGACACCCCCUAUUUUUGGGGACUCCGAUUUAAGAAAAUGGGGGGGGAGAGAUGGCCCCCAUGUAUAAAACGCCCCCAAAAUUUUGACAUUAUUUUUUUGGGGGGGCUAGUCUUAUAUACAGAAAAAUACGGUAAUUCAACUUUUGGGUUUCUUGGUGGUCUACAACAGGGUGGCAGUUACAUAAAUGCAGAUGGAUAAUAUUUUAAGUUUCAUCUUCACUUUGGAAGGGUUUGCUCCUGGAGCUUUUAAUAAUCACAGCAUCACUGCUCUGCUGGCCAAAAUCCUUAUUUUCUUUGCUUCAGGCUCCCUAAUCUCAAAUAGCACUUUACUCAGCUACAAAUGCAGCCAUUUUGGAAAUGGGGUUCAUUCAACAUGCCACUGUCACUUGGCAUUUAUCAUUGGGUGAGCAUGAAGGGAUGUAGUGGUUGUGUGACACUAGCUGUUCUGGCUAUAAGAUGGAAAGCGGAACAGCGCUGAACCUGCAGAGCUAUAGCAACUACACUUUUAACACAUCACCCUAACUCAUUAAGGCUCAAAGGCCUUGGGUUGUAUGCAACACCGCACAAGCACUGUUCCCCUUGUGCAGCAGAGCUUUCCCUUCCUCUCCCUGCCUGCAGAUUUUGGAGUGUGCUCAGGGGGUGCCAGAGGAGAAAGAAGUUCUGUUGUGCAGAACUGGAAUGGUAGUGUUGGAUACAACUCAGAGCUGCAAGCUGAUGGAUUGUAUUUUCUUGGCCAAGAAAUGUGGUAUCAUAUUUUUUGCUCUAUAAGACUCACCUUUUCCCUCCUAAAAAGUAAGGGGAAAUGUGUGUACGUCUUAUGGAGCGAAUGCAGGCUGCGCAGCUAUCCCAGAAGCCAGAACAGCAAGAGGGAUCGCUGCUUUUGCUGCGCAGCGAUCCCUCUUACUGUUCUGGCUUCUGGGAUUCAGAAUAUUUUUUUUCUUGUUUUCCUUCAAAAACUAGGUGUGUCUUAUGGUCUGGUGCGUCUUAUAGAGCGAAAAAUACGGUAUAUUGCUGUGUGGCUAUGGAAAAGUGGCAGGCUCAGUUUGCCACUUGAUUAUCCACACAUGCCCUCAUUCUAGGCAAAUAUAAAUUACAAGGAUGUUACGUAUUUCUCCUAAUAUUUGUUCUACUUUUUUAACAACCCUUGAAUAAGGGGUCAAGGAACAGUUGUAAGGUUCAUAUUUAUAAGUUUCAGGAGGCUUUUUCUGAGUUCUAAGGUGGACUGUCAGUGUUCUUGCUUGAUGUCUGAAGCCCCUGUGGGCUAUCGCCAAAGUUCAACAGUCAAUGGGCUUUGUCUAGUGCCUUAAUACAUGGUACUGUGAAUUAAUCUUUUUCUCUGUGGAUCGUGAAUUUCGGAUUCCUUGUUCACAAAUUCUGGGCGUCUGUUUUGCCUUUUGCAGUCACUAGGUGGUGCUGUGAGUGCAAUGAUUGAGAUUCUCAUCAGAGAUUAGGAAAUUAGCUGACAUGAUUGCUUUUAGUAGUCUAAGAUUAAUAACUGUGGAAAUUACCCUAACAGCUCUCCUGUCUUUGCUGAAUCUUAUUUUAUUUUGUGGACAACUUGUAGAGAUUAGAACAUUUUUUCCACAGUCUAGUUAGGAUAGGUGCUUGGCUUGUUGCAGUUUCCAGAUGCAUUCAGAUAUUUGAUUUGGUAGCUGACCCAAUUUGUUCAGGUUGGCUUUACGUGAAACCACACUCGUUAUGUCAGACUGCAGCUCUUGCAACAGUUUCAGUUUAUGAAAUUGGAUCAAGCUGUUGUGAAAACUCUGGUGCCUUGUUCAUGCUGUACAUCUUAAAGGCAGCAAGCUUAUCUGUAUCUAGCCACUUAACUAGCUAGUUUGUCUUUAUCACUGUGUAUACGUACGUCAAUCAAAAGUAUUGUUUGUUCAAGAAACUGAUCAUAAACAACUGCUGGAAUAAUGUGCACAACUUAUUCCUUUAUGGGGCAGGGGGGAGAUCAAUGGACAGCAAUUCAGAUGCUGAAAUCCAUAAUAGUACCCACAUAGAAAUGAAAUGUCAAAAGAAUGUACCAAAUGUGUGCAGACUAAUGUUUGGUGGGAAAAUUCUGGUCCAGAGUGCAAAAAAGGUGCUCCAGUAGCUAUUUUGUUUUUGAUUGAUUGAUUGUUGUUGUUGUUAAUUUUAGUUAACUCUAACCUUUUUCCCCAAAAGUAGAAUUUGAAAUGCUGAUAUAGUUUAAUUUUGUGUUCUUAAAAAACAGAUAAGCAAUGGAACUUCAUCUGUGAUAGUCUCAAGGAAACGACCAUCUGAAGGAAACUACGAAAAGGAAAAAGACUUGUGUAUUAAAUAUUUUGACCAGUGGUCUGAAUCGGAUCAGGUUGAAUUUGUGGAACACCUUAUUUCACGAAUGUGUCAUUAUCAGCAUGGACAUAUUAAUUCUUACCUAAAGCCUAUGUUGCAAAGGGAUUUCAUCACUGCUUUACCAGGUAAGCUGCAUCACAUUUAAAAGAAGGAAUGUACAAAAUGGGUGUGUGCUAUGAUCUAAUAUCAUUUCUUGUUAAUGGAGUCAGUACGGUGCAUAUUUAAAAAAACAGUCAGCUAUGUCUGAAUAAUUGCAGUGGCCACUGGAUGCCAGUAUUGUUCCAUCGAAACAUAGAAUAUGCCUUGUUUGUCUUUAAAUGGGAUUUUAUCUGAAGUGCGAAUUGUAUUUUAAACUUCUCAAACUUCCAUGCAAGACUUGUGCUGCAUUUUUCAGUGCUGUGUUUCCUAGCUACUGUUAGAAACACUCUCAGAGGUAAAACAAGGUCCAUACUUUUUCAACUAACCUAGUUAUUUUGGUUUUCAUGUACCAGGUGCGUUGUAUUAAAACUAGCCUAGUAGCUUUUCUUUCUAAAAGUUUUGUUUCAAAACUGGAUGGGUAGUUAAAGAAACAGCUUCAUACACUUGUUCAUUAUGAGACUCAGUAUUAUUGUGCUAGAUGUAACACUUCAUUGAUCCUAGACAGAUAAGCCCACUGAAGUUGUUGUGACUUCCUUUGACAGCCAUCAGGACUUGGAUUGUAAUUAGUUUUAGACUUAUUUAUGCUGAAAUGGGUCUUCCUAUUCCCCAACAUAUUGAUUAGAUAUAUUCACUGUUUUGUGCCUAGUAUAAUCUUGAUAUGGAUGUCUUCGAAUAUUAUAAAACCCUAGAUAAAAAGGGAGCAAGGAAUGGACAGCUGCAGUGAUGCUUGGCUUCCUUUUGUAAACCUGAAGACUUUUAUGACCAUUGUGCAAUGAGUGCAUUAAAUUAACUUUCCUGCAGUUCUGGUAUCUGAGCAUAAUGUCUGUUUCUAUCCUUCUCAGGGAGCUCAGAGCAGUGUACUUAAGGUGCCCAGGCAAUCCUCUCAUCCCAGACACGGGCCAGAGGCACUCCUAAAUGACAUAUGAGUAAUGAUUCCUGUGAGUUUUGCCCACACAUCCCAGCUAGUUGGAAACUGUAAUACAAAACAGGCGUGAGAAACUGGCUGUGUAUCUCACGGCCUUGACUCAUGAGGAAGGACCCCGUAACCUAGAGGGAUACUAUAGGACAGAGAGCUUUUUAUGGUAUGGGGAGAAGAGUGGGAUUUGGGGAGGUGUUACUGUUGCACCAAAAGCUUGAGGAUCUGUCUUUGAACCUGUAAUGGGUCGCAAAACUCUCUAUGGCAGGCACGUCCAAAGUCUAUUUUGGGGGUCUAGUCCAGCCCACUGGUUGGUUUAAUCUGGCCCCAGUGGCAGUUUUUUUCCUGGGGUAAAAUCCUAAAAAAAUCUCAACAACUUCAAUCCUCAAAAAAGGUCAAUAACUUUGGUCGGCCCUUUGGUCAGCCCUCACGGCCCUUCACUUCAUCAAAUCUGGCCCUCUUUGAAAAAAGUUUGGACACCACUGCUCUAUGGCAUGGAAUAAGUGAAAAGGAUAAGUGCUGCAUGGGCUGCUGUCUGAGAGUGGCAGGUUGAUGCAGCAAGCAAGCAAGUUCUGAAUCUAAAAACAAGCAGAAGGUCAAAGCUGUAUAAAUUGGUAAGCGGUUAGACUCAUCAGUAUUAGGCUCACCAGACAGGUAAUUUUUUUCUUUUUAAAGGUAGCCUUAUGGUUGGCAACGGACUGGCAUAGUUUAGUUGAGUCUGCAGAAACUCUCUAUGUGACCUUGAGGCUUUGCUUUUUUCACCCGAAACCUCUGCAUGCCUUUCUCAAAAUUGUAGGGGCUAUUAUUUACCUACAGAGAUGUUGUAAAGAGAAAGAGCGAAUAUAAAAAUGUUUCCUUAUACAAUGGCAUGUGUCCUCCAGUGGCCUCCUGAGAGAUCUAUUUCUAGUAUAUCUUUCUAAAGCAUUUAGUCAAGCGCAGGUCUGUAGGAGUGAUAAUGGGCUUACCUGAAGAAAUGAAUUUUUGGACCUUUCCUUCUUCUCUCUGCUAUACAUAAGGGUACCUGUUGUUAGCCUCCUUUGUCACUUUCCCCCACUCCUGAUUCCAUAGUUUUUUCCAUGCUCUUUCCAUAACCUGGAUCUAGCUCGCACCCUAAGCCGGGGCGGUCCAACAAGCAACCCAGUGGACACAUGCGGCCCUCGAGGCCUUUUCUAGCUGCCCUCGGCAACAUUUGACACCCUCCCUCCCUCCACAGCCCUCAUGCUGCCUUCCCAAAGCCAGGCAAGCGAGACCUGGGCUUUGAGAAGGAGGCAAGAGGGCUCUGACAGGGUCCUAUAGCCCCCCCCAUCUCCUUCCCAAAGCCUAAUUGGCACUUUCCCAACUUUGGAAGAAGGUAAAAAAGGUAAAGGACCCCUGACAGUUAAGUCCAGUAGCAGAUGACUCUGGGGUUGCGGCGCUCAUCUCGCUUUCAGGCCGAGGGAGCCAGCGUUUGUCCGCAGACAGUUUUUCCAGGUCAUGUGGCCAGCAUGACUAAGCCGCUUCUGGCACAACGGAACACCAAAACCAGAGCAGCGCACGGAAAUGCCGUUUACCUUCCUGCCAGAGCGGUACCUAUUUAUCUACUUGCACUUUUUUUUAGCGUGCUUUCGAACUGCUAGGUUGGCAGGAACUGGGACCGAGCAACGGGAGCUCAACCCAUCGUGGGGAUUUGAACUGCCGACCUUCUGAUCGGCAAGCCCAAGAGGCUCAGUGGUUUAGAUCACAGCGCCACCCACAUCCCUUGGGAAGAAGGUGGGAGGGGCUUUUUGCAGGCUAAUACAUUUGUGGGCUUAUCUACAAAGCUGGCCUAUGCCUGUUUCCUGGCUGGAUGGGCCUUGCAGAUAUGGACCAUGCCAAUUUAGUAGUCCUAAAACCUUACGCCUUUUUAAAGCCAGCUGUAAUAUUUGUUCUCCUUCUGCGCUGUUUUCCACAGUCUUUUGUAUGCAAAUUUUAGACCAUCCAUAGCAAAAGGCACUUGGAAUUGCAGGAACACCAUUGAUCUCUGGCGAUAUUUUACCAUCUGACAUGUCCCAGCUUUGAUUAAAUAUUAAAUGUCUUGAUUUCACAUUGCAGUAUCUAGAAUCUUCAGUCAUGUGCUUUAGAAAAUUUCCACUGCCCAUUUGGGGGAGGGAAGAUACUAGAAUUUUGGAUCUUCUAACACCUGCCCAUUGGCCUUUCAAUAUACUUUCUGCAAAGGUUUUGUUUGGUUUAUCUUCAUUGAGCAAUGAAAUGCCUGUUGUUUGGGCUGCAUGAAACCUUGGUAUAUGAUACAAAUUGUGCAUUCUGUAUGAAGAGCAGUUUCCAUUUCCUGUGACAUGUUUGGUUAGUUUGCAAUUGUAAGGAUGGUGUUGUAAUACUAGCACUGUGAGCAAGCACCAAGUGGCAUUGAAAGAUUAGUGUUCUGGGGCAAUCUUAAAAUCUUACGAAUCAAGAGGGGGGAAAAGAUGUUUGCAUAAUCUUGAUUAUGGCACACACAUGGCCUUGGCCGAUUAUCCUGUCAGCUGUUCUGAAUUAAUCCCAUAAUUGGCUAAUUCCACAUGAAAAUAAAAUGUUCUGAAAAAGAUAGUCUCGUAUAAACUUAAAUAACGCUCAAGUUGCUCUCGCUUGCUACCAUCCAUUCUGGAUUUUGCACCUGUCCGCAUGCAGACAAGAUGGAAAAUAGUUGUGGUCUCUGGCUUCCUUUGAGUGGAAAAAGUGAUAAUUAUGAUAUGAACUUUCAAAAAAUGGUGGUAGAAUGUUUAGUUUGCAUAGCCUGUUCUUGUCAAGUUAGUUUGUGGUUAGCAAUGAAGGCGUAUGCUUCAGACGAGGCAAGAUGUAUUGUCAUGCUGUGAAUAAGAUGUUGUUGAAAUAGAGCCUGGAAUUGACCCUGCAGGUGUUGUGUUUAGAUAGCCUCAACUUUUCUUACUGCUGGGUUAUAUUUUCUUGAAAGUUUCACUGCAGUGUACUUUUUCAUAGAACAUCUGACAGAAACAAUGUCUUGUGGAGAAGGAGUGCUGCAGCCUGAAUAACUGUACCCUUUUUAGCUGUUCUCCACUGCUUAGUUUGCUCUAUGAAAAGGCACUCUUAAGUCUCUCUUAGCACCUAGCAGGCUUGGAUUGAAAAGACCAUUUUGUUAACUGAGUUAGCUCUUUGCCCUUGAGUCCAUGAGAGAGCAUUAGGUGACCCAAGUGUACCUUUUGUUGUACACCAGGGUAUAAGUUAAUGGUUUGAGAUAUCUGCCACUAGGCAAUUAUUUCCUUUACCAUAGUAGAUGAUUGUGUUGGACUCCAGAUUCCCAUUGGCCAUAGCCAGCAUUCCCAGUGGGUAGGGGUAAUGGAAGUUGAAGUCCCAACAAAAGCUGGAUGGCUAUAAGUUACCCACCCUCGCUUUAUAACCAGAACUGUGUUAGAAAUUCACCAGGCACAUUUUGCACCUGGCUAUCAACCACUUAAGGGACGCGGGUAGCGCUGUGGGUUAAACCACAGAGCCUAGGACUUGCUGAUCAGAAGGUCGGCGGUUCGAAUCCCCGUGAUGGGGUGAGCUCCCAUUGCUCGGUCCCUGCUCCUGCCAACCUAGCAGUUCGAAAGAACGUCAAAGUGCAAGUAGAUAAAUAGGUACCGCUCCGGCGGGAAGGUAAACAGCGUUUUCAUGCGCUGCUCUGGUUCGCCAGAAGCGGCUUAGUCAUGCUGGCCACAUGACCCGGAAGCUGUACGCCGGCUCCCUCGGCCAGUAAAGCGGGAUGAGUGCCGCAACCCCAGAGUCGGUCAUGACUGGACCUAAUGGUCAGGGGUCCCUUUACCUUUAUCAACCACUUGUCAUCAAGUGAAGAUGUCCUCAUGGCACCUGGCGUCUCCACCAUCUGGAGAUGCAUGCCUGUGGAUCCUUGGAGCUUGACUGUUUUCAUGCACUAGCAGCACACCUUGUAGAAUUCUGUCUGUGAUAUUUUAUCUGCACGAUCAGAAUGAAUUUGAGGAACCAAAAAGUUGUACUGAAAAAUAUGACUCUAGAGCUGUCUGGCCCCAAAAUGGCAACUAGACAUUCUGUUUUGAUGACUGUAACCCUGGUUUAAGAAGCUUUUUGGCACCUAGUUUAUAUAUCUGACUUUCUAACACUGAACAAGAAGGAUAAAAAAAAUCCUUAUGUUUAAGAAGCAAAACUGACCUGGGGCUAUAUAUAACCUGCAUAGUUAACUUUGAUGGCUUUCCAGUUAUCCUGUUUAGCUUUUAUCUGUUUUUAUAUUGAGUAACUUGUGAUGGUCUUUUGUGGCCUUAGGAAAGAGUUAUUGAGAAUAUAAGGUAAAUCAAGAAUUCUAAUACAGUGGUACCUUGGGUUACAGGCGCUUCAGGUUACAGACUCCGCUAGCCCAGAAAUAGUACCUCGGGUUAAGAACUUUGCUUCAGGAUGAGAACAGAAAUCGUGCUCCGGUGGCGCGGUGGCAGCGGGAGGCCCCAUUAGCUAAAGUGGUGCUUCAGGUUAAGAACAGUUUCAGCUUAAGAACGAACCUCUGGAACGAAUUAAGUACUUAACCCGAGGUACCACGGUAAACUAAAGUAAGUUAUAUUUAAGGGGGGAAACCAGUAAUUUUAGGUAUGGAAUACUGUUUUCUAUUUCUAUAUGUAAUACUAAGUAUAAUAUAUUAAAUAUUGUCAGAAGCCAGUCAUGUCACCAGCAGUGUGUGUUCUUUUUUUAGUAGUACAGAAAACCAGGCACACACAUGUCUGUGAACACUAAUUUCAGUAAAAAUACAUCCUUUAGUUCUGUUCCACAUGGGAUAAAUCACCACACUGUAACAGUCAUCAGGAUUUAUUUGUUCUGAUUGGUUCUUUCCCACAUGGGAUCGUUCAUUAACUUUUCUUUUAAAAAUGAUUCUGUUAAGAUAAAACAUGGAGAAGAAGGCAGGAAAGGAUAUAACUAAAAUCUGAUCAACAAUACUUUAUGUGGAGAUUUUAUAACCAGCUCUUCAAUUUCCAAAAGUUCCCAGAGCAGGAGUAUCCAAAAAAUAUCUGUGCAAUACUGUGCAAUCCAAACCAAACUGACAUAAUUAAAAUCAAUACAAAAUUGAAAUCAAAAAGUGAGUGUAGCCAGAUAUAAUGGAUAACUUACAGGUAUGCUAACAAGGACCUUGCUCAAGUGUGUGUCAGAUGAAAGAGAAUUUCACCAGCGUGAGACCAGUAGUCUGGCUGCUGAAUUCUUGACCAAUUGAAGUUUCCGAACUGUCUUCAGGAGCAGUCUUCAAGUAGUUUGGUCUCCCCUCCAAAGAAGUUACUGUGUUCUGGGGUCUGGACCACAUGUUCCACCAUUUCUGACUAUUGUCCAUGCUGGCUUCAUAUGAUGGGAGAUGAAGUCCAACAAUAUCUGCAGAACCCAAGGUUGGGGAAAGCUGUUUUGAGCUGUCACUCAACUUCUGAAUACAUCUGCAUGGCUACACUACAGUGGAUGAAACAUAAACUGAGCAUUCUAGCAUUUUAAUUAAUGUUUAUUAUCUCAUCCCUCAAGUCUGCUAGAGUCGGGAACUUGGCUCACUACCACUUUGAUCUGUGGGAUGCUUUUGAUACAACUGUUCAUGCAGGCUAUAACAUCUGUUGCAGUUUUACCUUCCUGUACGCAGAGAAUUAACUGGUGAUAAGGAAUGCUCCUUAGUCUUUUUCUGUGAGGAUUCUGGCAGGUCUGCCUCUUAUUGGCCAGAAUAGGUAGACUCCCAUACAUUAUAAUGGCUGGCCAAUAUCUAUAGGAGGAUGGAUUGGUCUACCUUGAACUGUAGAAACUGAAGUGUUUAGAUUUUUAAUUUGGGCUCUGAUUACUCAUAAACUGCAAUCUCAGCCUAUAUAAGCAACCAAAGUGUCCAAAGGUUGAAUGUUGCUAUUGGAAAGUGAGCUGCUGCUAGCUUCCAUUAUAAAGUCUUAGUUUCAUCCAUUAACUUUGGAUUAUAGAAUUGUUUUGACCUGCUCCACGCCAAUUUUGCUUUACCACAAGAGAGAGGAUGCUUGUGAAGUCUGAAGGAAAUUAAACUGUUUUUGAAAUGCAUAAGCUGUUAACAUUUUUAAAAUUUUUCUGUCAUCUCCCAAAAGCUCAUUGCCACUUCCGUCUUCCCAUCUAAUAAAGUCACCACGGUUAGAUGCCGCUGGCGCACUUCAAUAUGAAUAGCUUUUGUGGUUGGUACUUUUGUUUUUGUCUUCCAUCUGUGUUGAGGAGGAAGCUUUGCCCUUUGAUUUCAGCUGCCCCUGAACUAUAUAAUGUGCAAGAGCACAAUAGUUUCCUCAUCAGAUGCCAGAACAGUAUUGACACAGGGUUGUGGGUACUCUGUGCAUCAAGGAAAAUUGACUGGCCAGGUAUUGAACAGACAUGGCUCAUGCCGUCCUCGCUUUAUUUUGACACUUCAAAGCAUGGAAAGGGUUAUAGUUCUGAAGCCUCUUCAUUGACCACUGCAAAUCAUACUUAGCUUCUUUUUCUGGCUUCCAACGGGGCAUUAGCCACACUUUACCAAGCUUGUCUUUGCAGCCGUAACGGCUUGAAACUUCUUGAAACAUCAAAGCUGGGAUUCUCAGGCUACUGAAUUCUGCAGCCAGUGCCAAAUUAUGUGGUGGUUUUCCUUUGUUGGCGUAGAAAGUGCAUAUUAUUGGUUGCUAGGCUUGUACAUGUUGAAACUUUAGAGCAGCGUGUCUAGUUCAGGAUGGUAGCACCAGCUACUGAGCUGUUACUGCAGGGAUGGCGUCCCCUGUUCCUGAAAUCAGUUUCCAGCCAAGCAGUGCAAAGACAGAAGAAAAUGCACCAAGAACCAAUACUUCAAAGAGCUCCGAAUCUCUUUCAAGAGACCAGGAGAAUACUUUCCCAUUAUAUCCACCUCCACACUUUCUCAAUGUUACCCUAAAAAUGUGUCAGGAAUGAAAUACCAUGACUCUCAAUCUCCUGCCUUCCCUAGUACUAUGUUAAUUGGUUAAUAAAAUAUCAAUAACAGUUGAAUCCUUUUGGACAAUUGUCUCCUAAUUCCAGUGGAGAAGACCAUGACAUUUUCCUGACCCAAAGAAUUCAUCCCAGGACUUCUUGCUGGAACAGUGCUUGGGGGCUCCCCACCCCACAAAAUAGUUAUCUGUAGGAUAUGGGAGAACCUCGGGGCUCCCAGCCCCCCCAAAAGAGGCUUGGGUCUCUGUUCUACAAUUUGGGUGGCUUUUCAAUUUGUUGGCCAACCAGUAUUUCAGUGUUCUAACUAGUAAAAUACUAUGUUUUUUAGAUAACCAGUAAUGGAGUUUGAAAAGCCAAGAAAAUAAUAAGCUUGCCAAGUUCUAUCCAUAACUCACUAGGUUCCUGGGAAGAGGGUUGUUAAGAAUCAAAACACAGGCAGUCCACGUGGUGGUUAAUUCAACCAUGUUGACUCUUCCAGGCAAAUAUACUAAUGUGUUAGACUGAAGGUUCGACACGUAAGAAAAGACCAACAAGUAUGUUAUGUAUGUGGAUGUCAUGUGUGUGGAUGCACAGUUAUUUUACUUUAAACAAAUAAAUGCUCUGGAGAGAAAAUGGCUUGAGACUUCUAGUUGAAUGUAGAUGCUACUCUGAUCCAGCCUCUGCUUGUGGGCAUGCCUUUGAUAAAAUGGUUUUUUAAGAAGCCUGGUAACCAAUGUUACCAUAAAGAACGAAGGCCAGGAUCCAGAGCAGUAUGGAGCUUUGAACUGGAAUGGCAGGCUCCUAGCCAUAUGGCAAGCCACUUUCAAAACAGUUUCUGGGGGGUGAUGGGAUCUGUUCUUAGGGGAAAAAUGUAAAAACUUCACUGGGAGCAAGUAAGCCUUUGGGCAUGCUUAAAGUAGCUCUUGGGAUCCCAGCCCAGGCAUUUUUUUCAGAUAACAUCAUUUGGAUCCAUAGGCACUUUGUCCCAUAGGCCUAAGAGCUCCUCAAAGUCUAUCACAGUGCUGUGCAAUUUGCUACAUAGUCAGUGUUACAUUGCAUUUAUCCAAAAUUGUGCAGUAAUAAAUUGGAUGUAAAGGUAAAGGGAGCCCUGACCAUUAGGUCCAUUCGUGACCAACUCUGGGGUUGCGGCGCUCAUCUCACUUUAUUGGCCGAGGGAGCCGGUGUACAGCUAAGCCGCUUCUGGCGAACCAGAGCAGUGCAUGGAAACGCUGUUUACCUUCCAGCUGGAGUGGUACCUAUUUAUCUACUUGCACUUUGACAUGCUUUUGAACCGCUAGUUGGCAGGAGCAGGGACUGAGCAACAGGAGCUCACCCCAUCACGGGGAUUCGAAUCGACGACCUUCUGAUUGGCAAGUCCUAGGGUCUGUGGUUUAACCCACCGCGCCACCCAUGUCCCAUAAAUUGGAUAUAAAUAUGUGAAAAAAGGCUAAAUCUGUUGUGUGUGACUUUCCCCCGAGGCAGUACAGCCUCAUAGCAUGCACAGUACAUUUGCAGGCAAGAGAGUCAUUGGCUAUGAAAAGACUGACAGUGAUUUCUUUUUCUUUCCUCUCUUGCUAGAGCAAGGCUUAGAUCACAUAGCAGAAAAUAUCCUCUCCUACCUUGAUGCCAGGUCACUCUGUGCAGCAGAGCUGGUGUGUAAGGAAUGGCAGCGAGUUAUUUCAGAAGGAAUGCUAUGGAAGAAGCUUAUUGAAAGAAUGGUACGAACCGAUCCACUUUGGAAGGGGCUAUCGGAAAGAAGGGGCUGGUAAGUAUCUGUGCAAAAUUUGCUCCUUUGCUUUAGAACAGAUACAGUUCCAAGACACACUGGGCACAUCUGGGCUACUUAAACUCUUAGUAGAAAGAUUACAUGACAGUAAAUGACUUCAAAAAUUGGUACUUGUGUGCUCUUACUCCCCCUUUUUUGGUCUUCAGCCUUCUUGCUCCUUGGCUACCUUUCUGCUGUAAAUAGCCAUUAUGCCAACCACCUUAAGUGUGCAUUUCUAUGAGGUGGUAGAAUAUGUUAAACUCCAUAUGAGCAAUGUAACUUGUACGCAGCAGAAAUGCUAGGAGUGGUCUCCCAGAAUUACACCCAUACCCAGGUAUGCUCCCCUGCGCCAUCAAGAUAUGGGAGGAGCCAUGCAAGCCAUAGAUGCUCUAGGCCCCACAAUUCUUUGGGUGGAAUUUAACAUUGUACUAUUGCAAACAUUCUGUCUGCACAAGCAUAUUAGCUUGCCAGGCAGACCGAUCCUCUCCCCUUACCUUCCCCCACCUGAUUUUUAUGGAUGCUCUCCUGACACAAAUCCUGAGCCAAUUUCAGGGGACACACACGAGGGGGUGGGAAGGCCUGUUGUGCAAGUGGAAGCCUUCACACAGGUCUUCAGCUGGCAGGGUUUGUUAGGUGACUCCUGCCCUUUGGUCUUGCUCAGGAAGUUGAGGUGGGUCCGGUUUCUCUGCUACUAUAGGAAAAGCAAAAACAGGAGGCAUGCAAGAGCUAUGCAGGCCCAGCCUUAUCCAUGUCACUGCAGUUGUACCUACUCUUACCCCCAGCUCAGGUUAUGAGCAGGGUUGUGGGUUGGUGGGGCAUAAGAAAAGACGGGCAAAUAUAACUGGACAUCCUCCGCUCGUGGUUUGUUCUUGCCAUAGCAACAGUUGACUUGUCAAGUAGGCAGCUUUAAGGACUAUAGCUUUUACCCUUAGUGCAUUUUGCAAGGCUUGUUGUUUCUAAACGCGAAAUUUCACCUCUCUCUUCUUUAUUAUUAUAGGGAUCAGUACCUGUUUAAAAACAGACCCACAGAUGGCCCUCCUAAUUCAUUUUACAGGUCACUGUACCCAAAGAUAAUACAAGAUAUAGAGGUAUGUUUUCGAAAACCUUGUUUUAAACUGUACUGAGUUUGAAGCUGCGUUUUCAUGAAACUUCAUUCUUUUGCCAUGCUUUUUAGAAAUGUGUUUCAGUGUUAUAAGGAUCUUCGGUAGAAGUAUUUAAAAAAGAAUUAUGAGAACGAGCAGCCGUGGAUUUAAAGAAUUGUGGAUUUAAGAAGUGUUACCGUAAAGUAAGGAAUUGAGAAAUGUGAAAGUAUCAAAGCAGAGUAAGUUAGGUGAUGUGAUAAAACUCACAAUAACUUACUGAGUUGCAGGGGAAGAAGCUAAUGUAUUCUGAUCCAGGUUUUCUGUGCACAUGGAGCUGGUCUGCAGAUGGUGGCCACUCCAUUUAUUACAGCAGAGGCAAAAGAUCCAUGUCUGCGUUCUUUUGUUCUCUCUGAGUUUGGUGUAUACGUCAGCAUUUCUGUGCCCAGAGGAUCAGGACUCUUGGCCUUACCGAAAGCUGAACAGAGCAAAGCUUCCAAUAUUUGCAAAUCUCUUUGCUCAGUUACAAUUACUCAAAUAGAGCACAGGAGAAUUUAGCUUAGCCGCUAAUCCUGCCCUGUCACUAGAAUAGGGCCAAGUAACUAUUUCUGCUUUAAAAUAAUAAAAGUAUUAGUAAUAUAAGUUUAGAUCAUCAAAUUUCUCCUUAGGGGUUUUUUUCUAAUAGCAUAUCGCAAGCCUGAUGAUAAUUGGAGUACAUAGGUCUCAAAGCUUUAUUAUCAUGAGAAUUUCUAUUCUAUCUAACCUUUGUGCUUUGUGCUUUUCUGGUGGUGAAAGCAAGGGAGAGGGCAGUGGUUCAAAAACUGGGAAAGGAGGUUUAUUCUUUUUUGCCCAUUCCAAAUGGGUGCUUAAAUUGCAGGGGUGAGAGGGAAAAAAUGAUUGGCAACCUCUGCUCUUUGUUACUUACCCAGCUGUAACAAAUAAAUAAAUAGAUAGAUAGAUAGAUAAAUUUAUAUAGUAUAAGUGAACAUUACAUUACAACUUUCAAAUUAAAUUAAUUAAAGACAAGGUGCUGAUAAUGAUAGACUGGAUAAUGCAGCCUGCAACGUUUCAGCAUGUUGUGCUCCCAGACUUUAAUAGAAAGAACAUUUUUGUACCUUACCCACACUCAGAAUAGUCAUACAGUGGUACCUCGAUUUUUGAACGUAAUCUGUUCUGGGGGACCGUUUGAUUUCCCUCCCCCUAAAUUGAUAAAUUUAGAGGAUUUUAUUUCUUAUUUGAAGGGAAUGGUCUUUUCAGAUAUCUUUGUUUAUGAGUAAAAGGAGAGUAUUUAUAGCUUUUUAGUAGACCUGGGAGAUAUAUUGCCCAGGACUGGUAUGAGAAGCAGACCUCAAUGUCGGCUUCACUCAGCAGUAUAUAUCGCUGGUGAAACCGCCACCAUUCUUGAGUCCCUUUGCCAGCAGCGUCCGCUGGAGGGAGUCAACAGUUCCUUCUUCCAGCAGGCAGUGGUAGCAGAGGGACUCAGGAGCGACGGCGGUUUCACCAGUGAUAUAUCGCUGAGUGUAACUGCCAUCGCACUCUGCCCUCAUAUGAGGCAGAGGGAGAAACAAGCUGUAUCAGCGAGGCACUGAGGUGCGUGCAGCUGCCCUUGUCUCAGUCGAGCAGCAGAGCUGUCAACUUUCAGAUUUGAAAAUAAGGGAUCAGCAGCCUCUCCUGUCCUGGGGACAGUCUACGGGAUAUCUAACAAUCCGGGAUAGCAGCGGGAAACAGUGGGAAACGGCGCUGGAAUAAGGGAAUUUCCUGCAAAAAAAGGGAAGGUUGACAGCUAUGUCGAGCAGUCGGCACUGGCUCCGGCAGGGUGGGAGCUCCCUGAAACUGCUCAGCUGAGGGGAGCGUGGUUGCCGCUCCCCGCAGCGAGCAGUUAAAGGAACCCCAAUGUUCCGCCCGCUUGCAUGAAAUGCACCGGGGCUGUCUCGGCUGGGGAGGGGGAACCUUCUCGAUCCCCAGCUGAGCUGUGCAAAGAAGUUGCAUCAUCCCAGCCUGCAAGCGCCUGGGUGAAACCCCCUCAGCUCUCAAGGUGAGAGCUGGGGCAGUUUCACCCAGUGUCUCACGAGCAGAGGCCAAGGCAUCUUGUUUUUUUCAACAUUGCAGUGAUAAUAAUAAUAAUAAUAAUAGAUAGAUUGAUUGAAUUUAUAUACUGCCCUAUAGCCGGGGGUCUCAGGGCAGUUCACAGAAUAAAAUCAAGAUAUAAAACCACAAAAUAAAAAUAAAAGCAACAACCCAAUAGCCCCCCCCCCAAAAGAACACAUUUAUAUAGCCAAACCGCAGUGUUUGGCUGGCGAUAUAUCAUGAUGUUGAAAAGCUGGUAUCGCCCAGCCCUACUGUUUAAUAGUUACAGUAAAAAGAUUGGCAUCAAGGUACAACGUAAUACAAAUAGUUUUAUUAUAUCUGUUAUUUCCCAGCAGUCAAUCUUUUUUUAUUUGUUUAAAUUUGCAACCUGCACAGUUUCCAAAAGGUUGGGGCCGCUCAUUCAUUUUAAAAAUGUUAAUAGAAGUAAAUCAGACAUGAAAAAUGCUAAGAACCUUUCCUAGCCUCUCCCCUCCUGCUGCUAGAAGCUAACAAAAAGAAAGUUUUUCAAAAGAUGCUUAGGCUUGGACAUCAACAGAUCACCAAGGACCAAAAAUUACACUACCGUGGAGCAGCUAUUUCUAGGGGGACACAGAGAUCUGAGGCACAUAAUUUUUCUUGCUACUAAUGUGAGCGGGAAACUGUUUAAUUUAUUGUGAUUAGCUACAUCAGUGCACUGAUUCAGUUUAAAAGGAAACUGUUAAACUCAAUGGCAGUGAGGAAUUAUGCAUAGCAGAGAUGUAACCUGGCCUUUUUGACCCCUCUUUAAAUUUGGGGCCAAAAAUACAUGCAGCUGCAAGUAGGAGUUGGCAAGUGACAUUGUAGACUUGACAUCAAUGUGUGUUUAAUCCCCAGCAAAAGUCUUAUAAGAACACAGUGUUGUGCCUAAAACGCACAACAUUCCAUUGUGUUUGGGAGGGGGUGAUUAUUGGAAAUAGGUAAAUGGUUUCUCUCCUUCCACAGUGGCAGGCAGUUGAGGGCAAUAGUUUUAUGAAGAGGCUUUCUUGCAUUCAGGGUGGUCCAAUAACUUCUGAUACUGCCUGGAUCCAUUGUGCUGACCUGCCAGAUUUAACUGUUUUAGGAACUCCCUUAAAGGGAAGACUACUUUUGGGUUCUUCCCAGGAAAUUUUAUUUAGGUAUGCAAAACUUGUUUUUGUGGAAAUCUGACUUGGUUCAGUUAAUCAUGUGCUUGGACACAGUCCCAAAAUAUUGUAGUACAAUUUGACUCUUAUUAGCAGACUGUGUUAAUAGGCAGAUUGCCAGGUGUACUGUUGAUCUCCCAAUUCUAAAUCCCUGGGCCUUUUCCAUAUUAUCCAUGAUGCUGGGCCAAACUCUUCAUUAUUCCUUUAGAAUUAGUACAGAUAUAAUUUAUUCCUCAUGAGCAGUUACAAACACUGUUUUUUGCUCUCCUGUCUUGUGACAUAUGGAAGCUCCCUGUCUCCCCCCUCCCCUGCAAGAUUUUGAAGUGGGGAUAGAGAAUGUGGCCAAGCUAUUAAAAAGAUUCCACCUAUUGGAUCCAAGGAAGGGAGGGGUAAUAUAUCCACCUACAUUCCCUCCGUCCGUCGAGACAAGAUAGAAAAAUGGAUAUAUAUCCAUCCAGAAGUGACCAAGGAAUUGAAGCAUUAUUCACUACAAGGACUUCUGGGCUUGAUCUAUUGCUUGAUUUUCAAUAUACCGUAUUUUUUGCUCUAUAAGACUCACUUUUUCCCUCCUAAAAAGUAAGGGGAAGUGUGUGUGCGUCUUAUGGAGCGAAUGCAGGCUGCGCAGCUAUCCCAGAAGCCAGAACAGCAAGAGGGAUCGCUGCUUUCGCUGCACAGCGAUCCCUCUUGCUGUUCUGGCUUCUGGGAUUCAGAAUAUUUUUUUUCUUGUUUUCCUCCUCCAAAAACUAGGUGCGUCUUGUGGUCUGGUGUGUCUUAUAGAGCGAAAAAUACGGUAUUUCCAGCCAUGCUGGAAAGAUAACACAAUGAGCAAUAUGCUUCCUCAGAGUAAGUAGACUAAAAUGGAAUUGCAGCCCUGUGAACACUUGAUUGGAGAAUCUCUGCCCUACUUGCCCUCAGAGUUCUUCUUCCUUCCACCACCGCCACCACAGACACUCUUAUAGUUGCUGUGGAGCUAUUUCAGGUGCUAUCUAGGGCAGGGACCAAAAAUGAAAGUUAAGAGCUGCACACAUGCAGCCUCCUUAGUGCUGCCUUGCGUUAUGGAGAUCAUUAUUCCUGCUCCUCUUGUUCUUCCUUCUAAUCAAAGUGACAGUAACUAUUAAGGUUUAGAACGAAGAUCGAGAGCCAUUCAUGCAGUUUCUGUGGCCGUAUUCUCUUUAUGUAGUAUGGUGCUAGGAAUGUUGCAGAAAGGCAUCAUUUACUUCUAGGCUGAUGUCAAUAGCUCUAAGGAUUAGUUCUCCCCUCUGAUUUAGUAGAUCUGUUGUCCGGGUGACACCACUCACCAACUACAGGACAGGAACAUAUGACUUGACCAUUUGUCCAUACAAAAAACAAGCUCAGUGAAGAAAGUGAGAAUAUCAAAGAGAAUGUUAGGCUGGGUUUCUCUCUCGCUUAAUAUGCUUGUUUCUCUAUGGAGGGUUUUGUUUUGUUGGUAAGAGCAUUAUGUCAUAUUAACCCUCAAUUGCACUGAAACGGUAUGGUCCAGACACGCAGACUUCCUACUUUAGUAAGAAUUACAUGUCUGGCUAGAAGCUUUUUUUUACAAAAGAAAACCCACGUGUAAUUGUCAUAGUACAGCAGUACAGUACAUAGUAUAGCAGUGGCCCCAGACUCCUGAAGGCAGUUGUAAAUUACAAGGCUGAUAAAUUGGAAAGACCAUCCAAGGAAAAUGGUCACUUUCCAUAGCUGAUGCUAGGAGUGCAUGCACUCGAUACUGAAAUAAAUAAAAUAAGCAAUCAGGCAGCUCAAAUUCUGUACUAAGAAAAGCUGGAUUCCAUAACCCCUAUAAAGUCUGCAAGCUUUGCAUAAUUUCCCUUCACAAUUCUGCCAUUUUCAAUAUGGAGGAUGCUGAAAUCUUAAUGCACACCUUAACGAGAGGGGAAGACUCGCGUGGGAAAAGGUGCUCCCUAGGGCCAACGCCAUUUAGGUCUUCAUAGAUCGCACCCAGAGCCUUGGAAUGAGACCAGAGCUCAGCCAAUUCAGCAAGAAGAUGACUUAAUACACCCCACCUGAGCCCAACUCCUGCUAAAGGCCAGGCAUCAGAAUUCUAUCUGUACAGUCUUCAAGGGCAACCUCAAUUAGAGUAGGUUGAAACAAUCCAUGAGGCAUCACAAGGCAUCAGUCACAAGUAUGGCAAAGUGAAAGCGCACCAGUGUUAGGUGCUCCUGGUUCUUGGUUUUGUGAUUGGCCUGUUAUGCCUGCAUCAGAUCUGCAUAUAUUAGUAAUAUGUUUCAUACCCGCAGCCUCCAAUGUGCCUGGUUACAGAGGGCUGCAUUCAGCAGGGCCUUUUCCUGAUGGUCCUCAAAGGGCCCACCCACUCAGCUAUAUUUAGUUCUCUCGAAUCCUUCUGCUUUGUAGUCGCAUAUGUUUCUACUCCUGCCAAUUUCUGUGAAGCUGUAUACUUUUUGUGUAUUGUGGCUACUUUCCCAGUAUACUGGCAACUGACACGGCAAAGGGGAUUUUACAAAUUCUCAAAAAUACAAAAUAUUUUCCCACAGUAGCAACACCACAUUAAUGUGUCUCUGAAAUCACAUCUACUCAUAGAAUUAAACUGUGCACCUGCAUGGAUCUUACUGAUUCACAGCUCUCUGGCCCGAGGAUGAAUAACACGCUCCAGUUGCUUUGAUUUGCAGCCCACAUUUUCUUCUGGUAACUUUAUAAAGGAGCUUUUUAAAAAUCUGAAAAUUGCACAAAAUGGAAAGCAUGUUUCUCCCUAAACCCUUAGGUAGAAUUGUUUUGACUGGUGUUUUAUUUGGUGAACAGGCACUUAUGUGCAAUACCUCAAGAAUCAGUGGCAUGCCAAAAUAUGUGACCGAUUCAAGUGCCCACGUGGCCACUGUGGGGAACUGUAAACAACUGAAGCACAUAUGUAUAACCAUAUGAAUUAGCCAGUUAAUACUAAUCAACUGGGUUUCUGUGUUGAGUACAACCUGAGUCUUGCAGGGCUAUUUUAUGCCCAUCCAACAUAGACUGAAUUUAUUUUAAAUCUAUGUUUCAAUCAGUUGUUUGAAGGGGAGAAAAGACAGGUUUAUAUCAAGUUUCCCAUUUUAUAGUAAAUGCAUUUCCUGGGAGUGUUUAUAUUACCUAAGAGUACAGUCCAGAACUUGUGGUCAUGCAACUCCUGCGCCUUUUCUACAACCCAUUUGUAGUGGUGUAGACAAAGAGGAACAACUGUGAAAUUUACAGAUUUCUCCUUGGCUAUGUGUUCGCAUGCAGAAAACAAUGCAAGGUCACUUGUUCUAAGACAAAGUUAGGUGUGCACAAUCUGGAAUUAUGGGUGAUUAGCUACAGGGCAAAACAGUGUUUCCCCAUGAGAGGGAAAGUAAAUGUCCACGCUGUUUGGCUGUUUGCCACACUAGUAAAUAUAUAAUCUACUGCAGAGCUUUCCAAACUUUUCAUGUUGGUGACACACUUUUUAGACAUGCAUCAUUUCAUGACACAGUAAUUCUGUUUUACUAGCGAGCCAGAGGUUAAACUAACCCCUUUCCAGCCCUGGGAGGAGCGCAGGGAGAAUUCACUGACACAUCUAUACGCUGCAGUCGACGCACGAAUGUUUGGACGCAGUCGACGCACACAGUUUGGAAAGCUCUGACCUCUAUUCCCUCUAUUUGCAAAUUUUGGAGAGGAGUUAAAAUCUUUUUUGUUGCCAAAACUGCACCACUUCUGCACCUGAGAGAGGUAUAAGUAGGCUUGGGGGAUACUGUAAUGUUUACAAAACCCCUUUUUUGUGGGAUGGAAAACCUCUGUAGGGAGUUGCAAACCCCACAAAACAAUCCAAGACACCGAACAUUGAGUUAGACGGAAAAGAAAAGCAGGUAAUUGGGGGAGAGAGAGGAAUUAGCAGUCUGGUGGGAAGUUACUGAUGAAGAAGAAGAAGAUGUGGUCAUGGCACAACAAAAUGCUACUGAUUACUUGGCAGGCAGAAAAGGCUAGUGAAGACUCAAGACAAGGGCUACAGGAGGCAGUUAUUUCUCUAUGCCUCUUCCUCCAUUGAAUUGUGCUCCAUUAUUCCCCUUCUCUUUCUCCCUCCCAGGGAAUUGAGCAAAAGAGGAUGACAAAAGAGGCACAUAGAUAUAAAAAAGGUACUGAGAACCAUUUCAUAGUUCACACCUGGAAUUAUUUAUGUGUCUAUGUGAACCUCCCAGCAAAUUGGAUGGGUGAUGCAUAAAUAAAUACUAAGGGUUGCGUGAAACACUGUGCAAGCAGAGUUCCACUUGUGCAGUGGGACUUCCCCUCUUCCCUGCCCCUCACACUCCCAAAAUCUGCUCUGGAGCGUUCCCCAACACCCCCUUGACUUAAUUUUGAAGGCACGUAGGGGGGUGAAGGGGACUUGCGAAGAAGAGCAAGUUUUGUUGGGUGCACAGAUGUCUCUUGUGCAAGCCUAGCUGCCGUGUUGAAUACAGCCCUAGAUUAUUUUAAAAUGUCCCUAGGAAUGGAAGUGAGAGUUGCCUAUAGAAAUUGGGGAAGAAAUUCAAGAUUUUAGCAUAACCCAAGAUUGGCCACCCUCCAAAAUACAGCAGCAAAAAGAAGAGUUGUGUGCUUUCUAACUCAGUUUUUAUUUAAAACAGACACAUUUAAAAAAUAGUCCUGAUUAUGCAAAUUCCUAAGAACAUUCAGUGCACUGUCCCAGUAUUUCAGAUUUGAAGAGACUCUUGCUGUGAGACAGUGACCAUGACAGCCCUAUGGUGCCACACUGAAUAUUUCAGGGUAGGCUCUGAAUGGUUUACAACAGCCCUAUGGCAUUGCCCAGAGGAAUUAACCUUCAAUAGAGGGUCUAAGUUUGGGCUGAGAGUAGUUUAUGACGACCUUUCCAUUAAAUCCACUGCUUUUAAUCUCCAUGGUGCAAGUUGGGUUGAAAACGUAACGUGUAGCAGCAGGGUAGUCCACUGUUAAUAUUGCAAGUUAGAGAUUGGGCAAAAGCUGACUGGUUUGGAUUCCCAAUCUAAAAAUCCCUCUUACCACUCAGGUUGCUGUAACAGCCAAUCUGUUCAAAUUAACACAUAAAUCCUCUUUCCAGGUUAAUUCUGGCAUUUAGGUGUCUCACACUGCAGUGACUUGCAUGUUGACGUGUGAUUUUCCUUUGGACGAACUAGGUUUGCAGACUGAAUCGUCUUUUGCCACAGAAUUCUGUGUUCAUUAACUCAGAUGCUGCUUUCUACCUGAUAUGACAACUCUGAGGGGGGUUAAGGGAAGGCUUGGGAUAAGUUAGAGAACAAUCCUCUUCAUAUCUACUCAUAGACAUGUCUACUCAUGUUCCAUUAUGUUCAGUGAGGCUUCUUUCCAGGUAAGUGGGUAUGGAAUUGCAACGUAGUCUUAAACAUGUGUGAUACAUGUGUGUCGGGAUUCUACAUCACCCACCCCCCUUUUUUUGGUCUCUUUUAGACUAUAGAGUCUAACUGGCGAUGUGGAAGGCACAACUUGCAAAGAAUUCAAUGCCGUUCUGAAAACAGUAAAGGUGUUUACUGUUUACAGUAUGAUGAUGAGAAGAUUAUCAGUGGCUUAAGGGACAACUCCAUCAAGGUAAGAAGGCCUUUCUUGACUACUUUUUGUCUUGUUUCUGGUGAGAUCAUUUGUUCACAUCUGCCAACUGUACAAUUAUAUGAUUCAUUGCUGCACAAAAGUAGAAUAUUGCUUGGUUGAAGAUGAAGAAGUCUUGAGCCCUUACUAAUAGUCUAGAAUACAACAUGCUGCCCAUUGAGCCUCUGCUACAUUCUGCUUUUCGCAAGAAGAAGAAAGAGCAGAUCUGAAAAAGCAGGAUGUAAUUCUUAAAAUUUCUCUUUUGUUCCAGAGGUUUAUGUAUUUAUUAUUGGUUAAGCAUGUAUUAAGGGACGCGGGUGAUGCUGUGGAUUAAACCACAGAGCCUAGGGCUUGCCGAUCAGAAGGUCGGCGGUUCGAAUCCCCGCGAUGGGGUGAGCUCCCGUUGCUCGGUCCUUGCUCCUGCCAACCUAGCAGUUCGAAAGCACGUCAAAGUGGAAGUAGAUAAAUAGGUACCAUUCCGGUGGGAAGGUAAAUGGUGUUUCUGUGCACUGCUCUGGUUCGCCAGAAGUGGCUUAGUCAUGCUGGCCACAUGACCCAGAAGCUGUAUGCCGGCUCCCUCGGCCAAUAAAGCAAGAUGAGUGCCGCAACCCCAGAGUCAGCCAUGACUGGACCUAAUGGUCAGGGGUCCCUUUACCUUUAAGCAUGUAUUAAACCCUGUUAUUCAAUUUAAAAGAGAAUGCUCAAGGCAGCUAUCACAGUGUGAGAGAAUGUCAGAGCAUAACACAGAUGAAUACAAUAUAUACCUUCUAAAAAAUUUUUUUUUAAACACGCACAAAAAGUCUGUGCUUGUAGCCUGUCUCAUUUCCUUGAAUUAAGCAUUCCUCAUCACAAGAGAGGAGAAUGAGAACGUGCUCACUGGCACUGUCCCUUUCAUUGUGUUCUGGCAGCCUGUCUUUGCAGCCCCUCGAUGUGCUAAGGCUGAAACUCUACAGUGGGGAGGCUUGUAUAGGCUCCCCAUACUGUUCAUUCAGGGUUCUAAGCGACAUGGGCACCCUAUGAGAGUAUAGUGAAUGCUUCCUUUUUGCGUUGAGCCUCAACAUUGGGAAGGUGGCAUUGCCAGGCUGCUAGGAAUGUGGCAGAAGAUGCAAGGCAAACAAUUGUGUGCCCCCUGCUCCCCAUGCAGUUGGGAAUGUGUGAAGGAAAACACAUGAACAGUGUUUGGGAAGGAGGAGAAAAGAGGUUUGGGCACUGUGGGCCAUUAGAGGACCAUAGAUCUUAAUGAAGUCACUUUUGCACCAUCUUACCCAGUUCUGGUUUCUGUUGCUUCUGCAAAAACCACAUGUGCAUUCUCAAGCUUAUUUGUAAGCAGGGAAACCAGAAUAUAAUUUUUAUUUAAAAUGUUGUAAUGCUGGGGUAUGUAGGAAUAAUGGCAGUCAGGAUUCUGUGAUUUUUUUAAAAAAACAACACCUCCCUCUGCACAACGCUAUAAUUCAGAUAUUCAGGUGAAUUAUGUAUUUCUGCGUUUCCGGAAAGGCAUAGAAAGUAUAGAAGAAACAAGUGGGGAAACCCAUGUCCACAGGGACUGUGGAGUCAUUUCAACAUGGCUUUACAGAUAGUGAUUCUGCAGUCAUCUAAUUCUCUUGGGUUUCUGUUUGGCAGAUCUGGGAUAAAACAGGAUUGGAAUGUUUGAAAGUAUUAACAGGACAUACUGGCUCCGUUCUCUGUCUGCAAUAUGAUGAAAGAGUAAUUGUAACUGGAUCUUCUGACUCCACUGUGAGGUGAGCAUUUUUGUAGCUGCGAAACUGGUGAGAAGGAUGAUGCAAAGGGAAAAUUCACAGCCAGUGAAAGGUACGACCUUUCUUGAGAAAAGAGGGGUUGCCCACCUAAACCUGGAAUUCUCUAGAUUCUCCCAUGUUCCUGGUACUAGUCAGUCAGUCUUGGGUUUACAGGCCAGUUAAGGACUGUAUCCAACUAAGCAGUUCUGCCAGCACAACAAGGACUUUUAGCUGUGCAGUGGAACGUCCCUGUCCUCCUCCUCUCCUUGCAUGACCCCGUAAAUCUGAUCUGGAGGGUUGGGGAAAACCCCAGAACAGAUUAAUUAAAUACUGUGAAUUAUGGCUUCUGUCGUUACGAUUGCAGAAACACUUCAGUCUCUGUGCGACACCUAAAAUGUUGUUGGCAGUGGAUAAUGGGUUGACGUGAGGAAAAGACAUAACCCUCUUCUGCCAGCCACAUUUCCCAAUAAUAUAGCCAAGAUGUUGAAUUUGGGGGAGACCUUGGGAAGACAGUUACAGAAGCUCCGUAGAGGAAGGGCUAAGCACCCUCUCCCACACACCACUGCUGCCUUACAUCAUCCUGAUGGCUUACAGCAGUUUGAGAGCCAACAUUGCUUUCAAGACCUGGGUCUGCCCCUAGUCGUGCGGUUUUGUCUCCUAGCAGCCCUGUAAAAGUGACUUCAAACAACAAAUGGGGCUUAACCACCCUUGCUUAACCAAGAUUCCACUUCCUCAGGGUCUUGUGAAAGAACAAUGGUAAACAACAAUUGCUGACCUUCUACCGAUCCACAAUAGAAAGUGUCCUCUCAUGUUGUAUCACAGUGUGGUACGUUGGCUUGACAGCCACAGACAGAAAGUCUUUACAGAGGGUGGUGAACACAGCACAUGAUCUCAUGGGCUGUCCCCUGAGCCCGCUAGAUGACAUCGCAAGGGAUCGUUGCCUUAGGAGAGCGAGGAAAAUUCUCAGGGAUGAUUCACACCCCGGCCAGCUCCUCUUUAAUCUUCUACCCUCGUGCAGGAGAUAUAGAAGUAUAAUCAGUUGUACCAACAGGCUAAAAACCAGUUUCUAUCUGUGGGCUGUUAGGCUGCUGAACGGAAAAUAAUAUAGUGAAACUGACUUUCGGGGUUGGUGUGUUGUGCGGCAAGCACACAGAGUGCAAUGAGAUUGAGUGUUGGGGGGGGGGAAGGGAGGCUUGAUUAAUUUCAUUGUACACAGGUUGUACAUUGACAAUAAAGGUAUUAUUAUCCGCUGAAAGUGGACAGGGCUUUCUGAGCACUUGAACAUGGAGAUGGACGGUGGUGUGACUGCAACAAUGAUGCCAUACUACUGAUGAUAUUUAAUUGUUAUAGGUUAAAAAAUAAGUGUUCAGGAAUAGUGUGACAUUAGCAGUUUGUGGUUUGAAACAAUUAAAGGCUCACCACUACCACCACCCAUGAAACUUGCUUUUGAUUGCAUAGCAUUUGAUCCCAAAUGAUUUGAUGUGUGUAUAUGUGCUUUUGCAGAGUUUGGGAUGUGAACACAGGUGAAGUCCUCAACACACUGAUUCAUCACAACGAGGCUGUGCUCCACUUGCGUUUCAGCAAUGGCUUAAUGGUGACCUGUUCAAAGGACAGAUCUAUUGCUGUCUGGGAUAUGGCCUCACCGACUGACAUCACUCUGCGCCGCGUAUUAGUUGGCCAUCGGGCAGCUGUUAACGUCGUUGACUUCGACGACAAGUAUAUUGUAUCUGCUUCUGGUGAUAGGACCAUUAAAGUAAGUGGACAACCAGUUUCUCAAAAUAGCAAAUUCAGAAAGGAGUUAUGGGAGAAUAAGUUUGGUCUCUGACUAACGUGUUGCUGAAACACCCAUUAAAGUAGUUUCUAAGGAUUAGGGGAAAACCUUAUUCUUGCCCAGGGGCAGAAUGUGACCUUCCAGCUCUCUCUGCCUAGCCCUUGUGAUUCUCCCCAAGCACAUCCUCUCCUCAAGGGCUUUUGCUUGGCUGGUGUGUGCCUAGAUGAAGGAUGGGGAGAUUGCGGGCAGAUUGUGUAGAAUCCUCUGACUUUUUGCAUAGCUGAAAUAUAGCCCACUGUACUAAGGUUGGAGUCACAUCCAUUACUUUGGCCUCUGACCACGCCCACCACUGACAUAUGUGCCCCCCCCUCCAAUCUUCCCGGGGGGGGGGGGGGAUGUGAUCUACAGUCGGGAAAAAGGGAAGGCUUUCGGAAUGAAAACUGUAUUUUGUCUUCAUCUCACUUCAUCUCUCUCUUUUAAUGCAGAAUUUCAAAAUGUGCCAAAUUGCCAUUCUAUCUUUUGCAGUUAAAUAUUUAUUUUCCUCUUAGGUCUGGAGCACAAGCACAUGUGAAUUUGUUCGCACUCUUAAUGGGCACAAGCGAGGCAUUGCCUGCCUGCAGUAUAGGGAUCGGCUUGUUGUGAGUGGAUCAUCAGACAAUACCAUUAGGUAAGGAAUGGGUGGAGUCUGUGAAGAUAAAUGGAAACAGUACUGUUUCAUUGCAACCCGCCUUUCAUUUGACUGCCAGAGCACCAGGUUCCAGUUUUUUGUCGUCUUACCUUGCUGGAUUUCAUUUUUUAAAAGGUUUUGCUUUUUAUGUAUAGCCUGUCCUAUCUUUCUUCCAUUGUGGAACCUAUGUGAUAGACAUCUAGUUCCCAGGAGGGCACUGAUCAGACCCAGGAAUGCUUAGCUUAAACUAGGCAGCAGCCUCACGUGCCUUCAGACCGCCCCCAGGGAUCUGUGUGCUUUUCUCAGCCAUUCUUAGUUCGGUUAGCUGUUUGUCACAAACUUGAUUCCCUGGUGCAAGUAGCAGUUGGCCGCAGGUCAGAGGAAGAUGCCAUUGCACAUGUACAAAGCUGCUGGCCUGUUAUGUGUGGCCAGUGUUGCACAGAGUCUGGCCAAAUAAUAAUGACGACAACAACAACAACAACAAAUUUAUUUAUACCAUUUCCAACUGGCUGGGUUUCCCCAGUAGCUUCAGCUCAGAGGAGAGACAGUGCUAGGGUCAAAAGUAAUUGGGACAGGGAAAGGCUGUAUGGAAACUUGCUUACCGUUUUGAAAAAUGGUCUUAACGCAAGCUCUGCUUAGUACAUUAAAUUAUUUUGAGCCAAGUAAUCAAGCUUAACCAUUGGUGCGAGAGGGAAGUAGUGAGCCCUACUCCAGGGAAUCUGUCCAGCGUGGCCCCCAAGUGAUUCAGCAUCCACAACCAAUAUUGUGUCGAGUAUAGCCUUUUCAGAAAUAAUUAGGUCAAGCUGUGAUGGAAAUUGCAAAAGGUAUAUAAGAAGGAAUACAUGCGUUGUUGCUUUUAUUUUUUUGAAAAAAGUUGUACGUGUUCCUUCUUUCAGGCUUUGGGAUAUCGAAUGCGGGGCCUGUUUAAGAGUGCUAGAAGGACACGAAGAACUGGUUAGGUGCAUCAGAUUUGAUAACAAGAGGAUUGUAAGCGGAGCCUACGAUGGGUAUGUGCUUGAAAGCAAAGUUCUGUUUUCACUUGGGAGGUUGGUUUUCUGUGGUUCUUAGUACUCGGAGGGUGUUGUAGUUUUCUCACUGCCUUUUCUCUCUUUGCUUCAUAGCAAAAUCAAAGUUUGGGACUUGCAAGCUGCUCUUGACCCCCGUGCCCCAGCAAGUACACUAUGCUUACGUACAUUGGUGGUAUGUACAUUAACUAUACAGAUAUUAUUGUACAACAGUAGUACAUGUUGACCAUACUUUUGUCUGCUUGUUUCUAAAUCUACUACCUUGUAAUGGAGUGGAAAUUUGGUGUGUUUAUGCCAGAGGAUGGCAACACCAGAAUGGGCCUUUUCUGUGGUGGCUCUCUGUUUUUCUUAAUUACCUCUCCGGGGAGACUCACCUUGCACCUUCAUUACAUAUCUGUAGGCACCAGGUGAAAACGUUUCUUUUUAACCAGGCUUUUUGCUGAUCAGCAUUCUGUUACCUUUUAAACAUGUUUGUAGGCAGGCAGUGGGGGCAUUACUGGUGUGCCUUGUUUUUGUUGUGCAUUUUGUGUUCUCAUUUUAGAUCGUGAACUGCCCUGUGAUCUUCGCAUGCAGGGUGGUGCACAAAUUAAAUAAACUAAUUCAAUGAAUGCAGUAGUUGUUGAAAGCAAAUAUUUGGCAUGUUGUCUGUGUGAAAUUCAGCUCUUCCUGAUUAGUUUCUAAAAUGUCCCAAGGUGUCACUAUUGUGCUAAAUUACUCCAGUCCCUUUGUCUUCUGAAUGAUAACCUACACGCUUCCUCCUUCCUUUAAGAAAUCCUUUAUGACACGAGGCUCUUUCUGAUGUUAGUCAAACCCAGAGUAGACCCAUUGAAAUUAAUUGUGGAAUUGGGACCCUACGGGUCACCUUGUCCAACCCCUGCAAUGCAGAAAUGAGUGCAACUAACUUAACAUUAAAUUCAGUGGGGUCUACUCUGAGUUUGACUAACAUUUUAUAAAACUCAUGAUCGUCGCAUUCAUAUUUCCUUCCAGCUACAAGUAGAAAUGAAUAUUUGAGUGCAAGUAUGAACACGGUAAACAGAGUCUUCUGCCCUCCUAACUGCAAACUCUUUUGCCAUUUUUCAGGAACACUCAGGACGUGUGUUUAGACUCCAAUUUGAUGAAUUUCAGAUCAUUAGUAGUUCCCAUGAUGAUACCAUUUUGAUUUGGGAUUUUUUAAAUGUGCCCCCCAAUGCACAAAAUGAGACGCGCUCUCCAUCAAGAACAUACACUUACAUCUCCAGAUAACAGUCUGCAAUGUACUGCUCUCCAAGGUAAGACUUGCUAUCUUAAGGAUGCCCUUUUUGUAUCCACUAUACUGCCAUCCCUGGUAGUGGGUCUGGCAAAAGUGAAUUGUCGUUCAUACUUUCAGUGAGAUUUUUCAGUAGAACAAGCACAAACCAUCUUUAGAUAAAAAAAUAAAAAAAAUUGUCCAGCAACACCUUAGAGACCAACUAAAUUUGUUCUGGGUAUAAGUUUUCAUGUGCAUGCACACUUCUUCAGAUACACUGAAACAGAAGUUACCAGACCCUUAUAUAUAGGGGGAGGGGGAGGGGUUUUUUUCUCAGGAGGGUAGUAGGAGAUGGGUGAUUGACUCAAUGGGUAUGGUAAACCUGUUGACGACUGUUAACGACUGCAAUUAGUCCUACAGGAAAAAGCAAGGGGUAGUAUGCAGAUGAUUAACAUACGUAAUGAGGCAGGAAUCCAAUACAGUCAUACCUCGAAUUGAAUGUGCUUCAGGUUGAGCACUUUUGGGUUUCGCUCCGCGGCAACCCAGAAGUAACGGAGCGCGUUACUUUCGGCUUUCGCCGCAUGCGCAGACGCUCAAAAUUAUGUCACAUGCAUGCGCAGAAGCGGCAAAACGCGACCCGCGCAGACGCGCUGUCGCAUCUUACGUUCUAUUCAGGAUGCGAACGGGGCUCUGGAACGGAUCUCGUUCGCAUCCCGAGGUACCACUAUUAUCUCUAUUAAGACCAGGUCUCUCCUGGACACGAAAGCUUAUACCAAGAACAAACUUAGUUGGUCUCUAAGGUGCUACUGGAGAAAGCGAAUUAUCACUAGGGUAUGCUCAAAAACUUGUGAGUGAUAAACACACCUCUCCUCCUCUCUACCCUGCUUUCCCCAAAGAAGUGUGUAUGCCUCCUAUGAGGAGGACAGUAAUUGUAAGGAAUGGGGAUCUCAUGUCCCCUUCCCAGGCUCCUUGAGACGGUGUGUUAUUUGGCUAGAGCAGGGGUCAGCAAAAUUUUUCAGCAGGGGGCCGGUCCACUGUCCCUCAGACCUUGUGCGGGGCCGGACUAUAUUUUGGAAAAGAAGAAUGAAUUUCCAUGCCCCACAAAUAACCCAGAGGUGCAUUUUAAAUAGAAGCACACAUUCUACUUAUGUCAAAACACAGUGUUUCCCAGACUGUCUGUUGGCCGGAUUGAGAAGCCGAUUGGGCCGGAUCCAGCCCCUGGGCCUUAGUUUGCCUACCCAUGGGCUAGAGGCACAUGUUGGAGGAGGGAGCAAUCACCAGUGAAGGGAUUUCACUCCCAUGCUUUCCUAUUGAGCACCAGUCAGCUGAGAGGCGUGAUCUGCCAUGGUUGUGGGAAUCAUGUACAACAGGAGAUAAUUGUGAAUGGGGGUGGGGGGCAGUUGUAGGCAAUACCUCUUUGCUGUUACAGGCCUUGGGCAAUUUCCAAACCCUGGCUUACACUUGAGUUGCCCUGGAAACAUAAAGCCGUGUCUCCCUUAAGUAGAGAGAAAGAGGUAGGCAAGUCAUUGAACAGCUGUCAGAAAAGUGCAAAACUCCGUAGCAAAACAACGUCCCCUGGAAGCUGGAGGUUUCAGUUUCUGAUCCUUGGCACCUUCAGAUGUCGAACUGCAACUUCCAAUGGGCGCCAGGCAAAAACAUUCCUUUUCUCCCAGACUUUUGGCUAAUUAAGCAGUCUAUGGUCUUUUAAACUGUUGGGGUGGGGGGCAAUGUUUCUGCUUGUUAAUAUGCUACCUACCGUAUUUUUCGCUCCAUAAGACACACCCGACCAUUAGACGCACCUAGUUUUUAGAAGGGGAAUGCAAGGAAAAAAAUAUUUUUAAAGGGAGCGCUGAGCAGAGCAUUUAUGCAUCCCAGGCUCUGCACAGCGCUUCCUUUCACGAGCCGCAUGGAGCGUGUGUGCGGCGCUUGCAGGCUUUUCCCCAGAGAAGGGCAGCCCGUCACUGACACUCAGAAUCCGCACACCCUUUAAAGAGCACACGGCUUUUGCGUGCUUUUCUAUGAGGAGGGAGAAGAGACUGACGAGGCCAGUCAGUCCCUUCCCCCUUCUCAGGGAAAAGCCCCCAAGAGCGGCACACCCUUUAAAGAGCGCAUGGCUUUUGCGGGUCCCCCACCUCGUAGAAAAGCCCGCAGGAGCCGCACACCCUUUAAACGAGGAGGGAGAAGGGACUGAAGCGUCCAGUCAGUCCCUUCUCCCUCCUGGGAAAAAGCCCGCAAGAGCCGCGUGGAUCUUGGGGGCUUUUCCUGCCUGCAUUCGCUCCAUAAGACGCACACACACAUUUCCCCUUACUUUUUAGGAGGGAAAAAGUGCGUCUUAUGUAGUGAAAAAUACAGUACUUUUGUGUUUUUAUAUUGUAAACUUCCCUGUGAUCCUCAGAUGAAGGGUUGUAUAGAAAUAAAUAAAAAUAAACCAUCCUUGCCUGCUGUCCAUGCUAGCUGGUGUUGAUGGAAGUUGGAGGGUCGCAGGUUUCCCUGGAGGGUAGGGCCACUGCCAAUCCAAGUGGAUUGUGCCGGACAGCCAGUGAUUAGGCUCUGUUUAAAACGGCUUCCUAUUCUCUGCAGUGUUUCCCACAUCACAAGGCAGAAAUGUUGCUCCGUUUUAUAAAGCUGUAAAAUAACAAAUAUUACUAAUGAUAGAGGAGCCGUUUUAUGUGCUCUGCUCAAGUAAUGUAGGUUUCUAACUUUUUAACCAAAUCCUGCACCUUUUCCCUUCUCGCUGUCCCAAAUGAAUAUGCCUUUUAAAGUCGAUCAUUUCUGACAACCCUGGCGCUCUUGGCCAUAAGAGAAUUUUAUUGCCUUCUGUUGAAUUCCUUUUUUAUUGUAACAGGAUCAAAAUUGUUACCAUAUGAUAAUCUUAAUAUAAUCCGCUAUUUAAACACUUUAGUGGAAAAUAAAAUAAAAAAUGUUUUAGCCUCUUAGCGGCAAAAUUCCCAUGUCCAUAACUGAGCACCAAAGCUUGCCUCUCUUGGGAAGAAAAAUAUAUAUAGAAGAUUAGGUUUAAUUACUUUGUGCUUAAUUUCAGUAAGUUGCAUUAGUUUCAGGAGAGCCAAUAAAGCACUGCACUUGUAUAACUGUAAUAUUGCAGAGAGAACUUAACUCUUGCCUGCAUUAAAAGGUCUUCCUUUAAAUCAGUUGAAUCUGUCUUGAUAAUGCCCUAGCUCCAGAGCUGUCUUGCGUGGAUAGCCCUAUAGAUGUCUCCUGACUUCCCCUUCCACUGUAGCUUUUUGUUCCUCAUCACACACCAUUCCUGCUUUUGACAGGGGUUGGCUCUGCUCAGGAGGUGCCAAGGGGAGCUGGUCCCUGCUAGGCUUGCAGAGGAAAAACUGGGAAAAAUUGCAGCCACAGCUUUACCUGGCUUACACCUGACGUCAUACGACAUCAGUUGCAGGUCAGGUGAGCAUGGCUGGAAGACGGGGGAAGAAACCAUCUCACCAGCCAAAUAUCAGCCACAGAAUGUAUUGGUUAGAAGUGGACAGAAUGGCAAAUAACCAAAUAAAGUACAGUGGUACCUUGGGUUACAGACACUUCAGGUUACAGACGCUUCAGGUUACAGACUCCACUAACCCAGAAAUAGUACCUCGGGUUAAGAACUUUGCUUCAGGAUGAGAACAGAAAUCGCGUGGCAGCAGUGAGAGGCCCCAUUAGCUAAAGUGAUACAUUGGGUUAAGAACAGUUUCAGUUUAAGAACGGACCUACAGAACGAAUUAAGUUCUUAACCCGAGGUACUACUGUACCAAAAACAAGCCAGCCCUAGAGGAUUUAAAAAUACUUGCCAGACAAACUAUGUAUUUAAAGAGUGGUGAAAUACCACUGAAAAAGCAGAACAUCUGAAACAAAGAGUUCCCCAAAUGACAACUGUGACCACUGGUGUUUGUAGAUGUGUGCACCGUUGCCUAAAAUCUGACAGUAAGCAACUAUAGACUGUUGAAAUUAAUUCAGACUUCUUCUUUUUUAGGAUUCCACAGUCUUUGAACUACUGGACAUUUGGCAAUUACACACCUGA